GUGUUUGUGAGCGUGUAUGUGUGAGUGUGUCCUCCCCGGCCGCAUGAGAUGAGCUGCCCGCAGUCUUUGCAGCCACUGUUUUCGCCUCCUCCUCCUCCUUCUCCUCUUCUCAUCGACUCUGUGUAUCUGUCCAGUCCGAGAAUGUUGACCACCGUGGCCUGAACCUCCUCUUCAUCUCCUGACUGCCACUCUGCGUGUUUUUGUCUCUGUCGGUAGCAGCCCUCCUCAACUCAGGAGCUCUAAGGUGAGUAACACGUUGCCGGACCGAGACGCUGUUUUUGAGCGUCUAGUAUGGGUGGGAAAGGAAAAUCCACGAGGAGUGGGUAGGGAGCGCGUGUGUUAAAAGUUUAAUGCGCUGUUUUGAUGACACACUGUUUUGCGGGUCGGAACACGUGCAUACUGCGCGUAACCGCCUCGCGGGACCGGGGUUCUUCAUGCCCUCAUGUGUGACAGUAAAUCGGCCGCUCAUUGAACUUUGCUGACAAGUUUAUUCUCGUACAGGACUCUUUUAUUUCGCCACAGAACGACUUGACUGUAUCUCUACUUCCUCCACCGAGCGCGUGCCGACCAGCUGCCUGAUGUAUCUCGUGCACUUUUCUGCACCUUACCCAACAGUUCCUGUGAUUCAAAUGCGUCUUUGGGGAACAGUAUUUUGAUCCCAACAGCUUGCCUUGUUUACAAUUGCGUAACAGCAGUCUACAGUGGCCCAUAGCCUACUUUCUAUCCAGCAGGACUCGCGCUCCCCGCGUGAACCCCCCCCGCGCCUCCCCCCAGCUAAAUUCUGUGAGAGUUUCGCCAGUCUCGCCUUAUCGCCUUAUCCUUUUGGCAGCAUUUGCUUUGGGGGUGGGGAGGGGGGAGGGAAAAGAGGCGUUUUCCCAGGGUUACUCAUGUAGCCCUUUUGCAAUGGUUCCCAAAGUGGGCUCCGAGGACCCUCCAGGGGGUCCUUGGGUGGGUUCCAGGCGGUCCCAAGUAAAGAGGGUAGUUGAAUCAGCUUUAGUGCCAGUGCAGCUUAGCACAUGGAAAGGAAUACGUUUUUAAUCACUGAGCUGACUGUAAAAAAGUGUUAUCAGUGCACUUGUUAAGCUGCACUGGAGUUAAGAAUCAAUGGAACAGCUGAAGUGUUCCCACAGAGACUGUGUUUAAGAGGUCUUAUGAAACCGGGCCUUAAAAUGUGAGUUUCUAUCCUUACGUGAAAAUCUUAGGCAAUAGGCAAUCCUUGGCCUUUUCUAUCCCGCUUCAAUCCUUUGCCCACUCCUGCUUCUACUACUGUAAAUUCUGUAACUCCUCUGUGGUACACUCUAAUCUGUACUUUCACUUACUGCAGCUAACAUCUCCCUCCAGAUGAAAACAGUGAUAUGUCUAAGUUAAACAAUUAUUUGAGAAUGAAUACUAAAAGAUGCUAAAUAGAAGAGUGGGUGUGUGUGUGUGUGUGUGUGUGUGUGUGUGUGUGUGUGUGUGUGUGUGUGUGUGUGUGUGAGAGAGAGAGAGAGAGAAUACCUGAUUGUUAUCUAAUCUAAAUGAAUGCACAAACAUCUUGACAAAGCAACUCUUCAUAGAUAGCCUAAUCUGCCCUGUCAUUUGGGCACUCCUCCAAAUCAAUUUCUUUAUUGGCUGCAUGUGGUCUCUGCAGAAAGUUGCAUAACCAGCCAAAUUUAUGAUUCUGGGAACUAUCGACGUCAGAUGGUGUGUUUUGAAUGCAGAUAGGGGCUCUCGGGAAUGUGGGCUUAGACUAGAAGGAGGCACUGGGGGAAUGAUGCACAUGGUGAGAUGUUGUAGGUGAUGCAUACAAAAUCAGAUCUGUUGGUAAAAACAUUACAAGGAAGGGAGAUACUUAGAAUUUAGGGUUUGUCUGCUGCAUCCACAGAGAUAUUGAUCUUUCUUUACAAUGUGUUACUCACAAGUAAUAAAUCAGUGUGGGAAAAUAAAUGUAUUGAAGGGUCAGGGUCAUAUUGUUGGUAUCAUUUUUACUCCAUAUAAAGCUGUUGGUCUACAUCAAAGUGAAAGCAUCAGAAUCUGGACUUAGGGGAAUCUCACUGAUGUUGAUGUUGUGACAUCAAUAAAUAUUGUUGUGAUCCAAAAAAUCCAGUAUAUUCUAUCUUGACAUGGGCUGAAAAAUUAGAUGCAAUUUCAUGUUAAAUGUGCAUUCACUAUUACACAAUGUGAAAGUCUGAUUUCAUCACAGUUGAUGAGAAAAGGUCUUUUUCAUGCUGACCCGUGUGAUCUCAAGCUGGCUCACAGCAGAGACCAAAUUGUUGGCAAUAAACAAAAAAGACUUCUGUUAGAAUUUAUUUUCUAUAGAAGGGACAUUUUGCAAACAAGGGUAAUAUGAAAAGUCAAAGAACUUGUAAGAUACAGUGGACACAGAAAUAUUUGCUUAAUUAUAGCACUGAAUAUUUUAAUCUUUUAUUAAGCAAUGAUGAGCUAUGUGAUUGCUAUUUUCUGUUUGAAAUACUCUUUAUAAGCCCACUUUCAUUAAACUUGUGAUCUCCACUUUAAAUCUGUUCACAGGUAAAACCUAAAGGAUAAGAAAAUACUAGAUAAUCUGUUGGUUUUGUUGGUGCAAAUAUCGGAUCAAGAUUUUGUCCUUCAUUGCUUUCAUUGUUAAAAGCUAUAGGAUUAAUGAAAGCCUUGCUCCUAAUUCAUAAGUAUGUCUUAGAUUUAACCUUAACAUACCUUUCAGAACUAAGUCAAGCCCAGCACAGUCAGCAACCUCUCUAGAGUCCCUGAAGCACUUUGAAACACACAACCUGCCUGACUGCUGAUACACCACUCAGCUUGGCAACCUCCACUGCUCUGUAUGUUAACCCUCUGUGGCUGAAUAUGGAGCAGUCUGAUCAUGUGACUGCAGCUAUAUACAGUCCAAAAACAUGCUAUAGCCAUGUCUGCUCAACCAUGUGAUUUUUCUGACACUUGGCCAUUCAUAACCAAAAGAGGAUUUCUCUUUUUUCCUCGCCCCUGCCCAUUAUUUCCUGCUUUCUUUUAUUUAAUUAUGUUGUGGUCACAUCUCUGUGCACAUGGCAACCGUUCGAGCUGCGGUUUUCUUUCACCCCCCUCAGCACCAGUCCUGCUAUUUCAAGUCCAUGCUCAGUAAGCACAGGCAUGACGGGGCAUGAACUCGGCAAGACUACAGGCUGCCAAAAGGCUGCUGACUGCACAUAUUGCACAUAAUUAUACUAACAAUAAGCUAUACUCAGCUCACACAAGGGUUCUGACUUGUGUUUUCUGUCUUUUGAGAAACUCAAGAAUCUAAAGUGCGUUUGGUUCUGCCUCUCAGACGCCAACAUUUUUAGUGCAAGGGCUGUGACUUGUUGUACAGCCAUAGCGCGAGCCUCACUUUAAAUCCAAAGACGUUUAAAAAAAUGCAUUAAAGAUUCGUUACCUAGCUUGCCCCUGCUUGUGUACAGUGCAUAUAGCUUCAACUGCAACCCAGAAGGAAAAGUGGCUGAGAUAUCCUAUUAGCUGGUGUUGGUGGUAUGAGAGCUUGUGGCCGUGCUCUCGGCAGCAUUCCUCUGGGUCUUGCGUCAGCCAGCAGUCAUUCAGCACUGGUUAGUCUAGGCUUAUACACCGUUAAUACCCCCUCCCUGAUGUCAUGACACCAUUAACCCAAGCCUGCUGGGAGAGCGUCGUGCAGUUCAUGUCAGUUGACUGACUCAGGCCAGGAUCUAAAGGCAUAGUGACUUUAUCCACUGGACAGAAAGGCUCAGCUGGACUCCCAGUGGUCAGAAUGUGCGCGGGAUUGCUUUUUGUUUUAUGACUGACAGACCACUUUAUAUUUAGUUUGGGUCCCCAUUACUCUUCGGAUUGGUUUGCGUUAAAAAAUCGUUUCAGUUUCAAGAAAUUUUAUUUGUAAAUGUCUCCCUAAGUGUUUGUACGGCUGUUUGGAAGAUACUUUGCAAGUUGGCUCAGUUUUAAAGGAAAAUAUUAAAUAUUAAAUAUAUAUAAAUAUAUUUAUAGAGAAAAAAAAAUAGAAAUAUAGUGGAAAAAAAUACUCAAAUGACACAAAUUAAAAAAAAUGUGCUUCUGAAAAUAAGAAGAGAUGAAAUAUCCAGAAAUAUGGAGGGAAGUGAUGUCAAUGGGGUGUAGUGUUGCACCUCCUUGUGCCUCUACAGAAUUUAAAGGACACUUGCCCAGUGCAAGAAGCUGUUCCUGAGUCAGUUUGUGCGUGCUUUGGGGUCCUUUACCUCCAACCUGAGGGCUGCUAAGAGAGAAGGCGUUUGUGAGGGUGGGUUGAUGAUCCUCAUAGACUUUCUGAUACAACUCUGAACAUACAGCUCUCAACCAGUGAUGUGCUGGGCUCUACGCACCACCUUCUCCAGGGCUGUCUGGCCCAUGAUAGCCAAAGACAGUAUAAUCAAGACAAAUGUGACCGCAUAUUACUAACAUUAUAGCCCAUGUAAUGUUUUACAUACUAUCUUGACCCACAAAGAAAUCAUGUUUUGCAUAAGGAGUAAUCUCGAAGAUUUUCGCAGAAGCUUUACUUCUACGGCAGAAAAAAAAAACGUGCAAUCUUAUUCCUCUUUCUCCUCCUCUUCACUGUAAAUAUGAAUCUGUACACACCUAUUUCUCAUCACUUUCCAAUUGUUGAGUUUUCCACUGUCUGAUGUCGAACCAAAUGUCGCUGAAACUCAAGCUUGCAUAAGGCAAAACUUUUGCUUCUCUUCUGAAGGUAACGAAACCCCUCAGGGCCUCUGUGAUGGGGUUGGUGCAGGUCAUGAUCAGUGGAUGCACAGAGACAUGUCACAUGAACUAUGUGUACGCCAUGUUUCCCUUUAUUCUCAUGUUCUUUUGCUUUUGUCUCUAUACUUCUGAUGUUUCUCAGUUUGUUUUUUUCUCUUUGUCCAUCAGUCUGCCCCUUUGUCUGCGCCUCUCAGCCGUCUCUUUCUUGAGCAAGCCUCUGUCUCCUCGUUGCACUGUCCUUAUCUGCCUGUCUCCCUCCGUUGAACUGUGUCACAGUGUACCAGCUGGAAUCUGCAAUGCGAAAUCAAAACAAGCCAUGGAUAGUUGGCUUUGGUAGAUGUACCGUACUCAUACCAUUUGUUUUUGUCCAGAAAUAUUUCCCUGUGUGAAACCUCAGAACAAAAAUAGUUAUUUUUCGGUCCAAAAUCUCAGUACAUUUACUUUUGACAGUUUAAAUCCAGAACAUUUGAGUGGCUACAUGUAUUUUGUUUCAAUUAUUUCCCUUUCUGCCUUUUUGUCUAGUAGUAAUAAACCCAGACUUCAAAGCAAUCAGGCUUUGCAGUGGUGUACUUUAGUGCUUAUAAUAGGGAUUUAUGCUAAGUUCUUCAUAAUAUGAUUUUUCUCAACCAGCCAAGCUAAUUGGCAUUCCUAAGAGCGAGUAAAAUCAAUCAUCAAAUGGUAAAACAGAAGUCUUUUGGUAAUCUUGUAAAAAAAUGUUAAUUUUGGGCUGUGUAUAACAGCAGGGUCAGCUAUAUGAAUAUGAAGAGGUCAUGUGCCACCAACAGAUGUAGUUAACAAACCGUCAUGAGAAGGCAGGUCCAUCCAUCGCUGUCUUCUGGGGCCGCCAUUGCAGUCAGCUGGUGCACAAGCACAAUUGCUUCCAAGUCCCCUCAUUCAUCUCUGCCAUUGCGUAAGAGCAGUUCUCCUAUGCAGCCCAAUGAAAUCCUCAUCCAAUUAGGCACUGUCCAUGUUUCCAAAAGGCCUUUCUCUCAUAGACUGGUGCUAUUCAGCUUCCCCCGGCAUGACAUCAGGCCCUCUCUUAUAGCCCCACUUUACGCUGCUGCUCUCAAAUAAUGAAAGCUGCCAAUUAAUGACUAAUCAACAUGUGCAACAAGCACAUCCAGCGAGGAGUGACUACCAUCUAAUCUGCUGAUUAAAACAGAAGACAGAGAUGCUCUGUUCAACUCUCUCUCCACGUCUCGCAGUGUUGCAUUGCUGCAGAAACAACAGCCAGCCCACACACACAUUCACCCACAAACACACAAACUACCAAGUUGAUGCGUGUAGUUAUUAAAAGAUUUGAUUUUAAAGUGUCUCGAAAUAACAAAAGGUUUGAUCAGUUAUUGUAAUAAAUAUUACAUUUCUUUGUGUUUUUCAGCUGUUUUAAAAUCCAAAUUCCGAUAAAAGAUUGGGCACUGUUGACAAAAAACAGAUUUUGGUGGCCUGCAAAUCUUCAAAACCAUAUAAUUUAAUUGAAAAUAGUGCUAUACGUCGUCCAACGAAUCCAGAUUCAUGUCUGUCAGCAUAAUACAUUUUGCAGAUGUCAUCAAUUACUGUGUAAAAUGUUGAAAGAUUCCAAGCAGAAGUGUGUAGAAAUCUAUGAGACAAAAGAAACAGGGCUCUUGUAAAACAUCUGGCACAUCAUGGAAAGAAAACUACUACAAAGGAGACCCCAUACAUCUGAGCAGCUCAAACAUCUUGUAAGGCACUAAUAGUCAUCUCAUUUUCAAAACUCCUGAAAAUGAUGUCCUUAACCCUUAAAUGCAUCACAGAGUGUUUUUUUUUUUUUUUUUUUUUUAAUGGAAGGGUGAUGAAAAUCAAUAGUGAAAACACCCCUGUCUCAAUUUUGUUUCAGAGGUGUGGCUGACAUUCAAUAAAAAAGCAUAUAUACUUUCAUAAAACAAUAUUUCUCUGCACUUAUUUUUAUUUUUACAUGUGCAAAGUUCAAAUAAUUUGCAUACCAGUAAAUUUAUUUUUGUAUUUAUUUAAACUUGGUUAUGUGAUGUUCUUUGAUUUCUAUCAUAAUUUAAUUGUCUGAAUUAUAUGUGUUACAUGAGUUUCGUAGCUUGGAACAAAUUCUUAUUUUAAGGCAUGAAACUAUACACAUAGUUAAGAUGAUCUUGUACAGGCUGUUGGAAAUCAGAGGAGAAUCAAAAACCCACGGCACAAAACAAAGCAGACCUUCUGUACAAUCUUUCCAGUCACGCCACUCCCUGGCUUACCCACGGGUUUCUAUAGGCCGCCUUGCCAACGGAAGUUAUGAUAACUCACAGCGUCCAGCUAAAUAUCCACACUUGCGGCGUCUGGCUAGUUCAAACAUAUACAUUAGAAUCGUUGACCUCCCCUCUCUUGGGGUUGAAUUACGGUCAGUACAUUCACUUUAAUGAGCUCUCCAUAAGUCCCCAGACACAGAGUUGGAUCUGUGCCAUUUCAUGAAUUAAGACGCUGUUUAUGUUCUUGACUGCAGCAGGGCAGGAUGAUGGUAGGGGUUGGGUAUAGGGGGGCUAUGACUGGUAACAAAGUCUGGAGAAGGGGGAGCUAUAGAUGCUGGCAUACACAGCAGCAGCGUUGGUAAAUAGUGGGAAUCUGGGGCUGGGGACCUUAUACAAUUUUGGGAGGAGUGGUGCUUGAGCGAUGGGGCAUAACCAAUGACUGUAAAACCGCGGUUAAACCUUAUUUUCGAGAAGUGAAUUUGGACUUUUUUGCCAAACUUUUGAAGGAGAUGACAUGUAUUUGUUGCUUGGUAGUAAUCAGUUCAUCAAUGGUCCAGAUUUAUUGUUAAUUGUAUGGAGUCAUAUGCACGAGCUGCCAGCCAAAUGGCCAUCUGCUUUAUUGAGAUACAUUUCUCCUGAUUUAUCUAGAACCCAGCCGAUAGCACUGAAUGAAAGAGUUAAUGUUUGCUAUUUCAUCUUGUAUUCUGCUGCUUUCACACCUUUUAGCCAUUCUUACAUUUUGAAAAUCUCCUUGAGGCAGACGACUUAUGGAUUUGAAGAUAAGUGGUGUCAAGCUUAUUUCAGCUGCAUUACCUUGUACAGAGACGCUCUGGGUUACAGUGAGAUUCUAGAAAUCACACUGGUCCUAACACAAAUGUGGCAGGCGUAGGGCAUAUUUCAUUCUCAUGCUGUCAGCGUCAUUAUCACAGGAUAAAAUUUCAUAUCUGAAAAUAGGAGAGGUGGUUUCGUAUUGGGUUUCUGGAAAUGCAUUCACUCCAAGUGAAACAUAUGCAACCUAGAGGGAAAUGAUAUCCACAGAAUUCACAUAGAUGAAGUAGAGUGACACUAACUUUGUUGAAAUGCCAUUAAAGUUUCCAGGAUCCAUCUGUUGGAAUAUUACCUUGAAAUGGUACCUUUAGCAUUUUUGCUUUUCCAUGUUUCUUCCUGAAGCAGCUUUUUUUUUUUUUACUUGUAAUCAAAUUCAUGCCAAAUUGGACUUUUAAUGUCUGCAAGCUUACAUAAAGUAGACCGAUAAGGUGCAAUAAGAAACCUUGCAGGAUUGUGCAUCUGUAAGUGGGUAGCGGUGGUUGGAAAUCCUGCAGGAAUAGUUGGGUGCAAGACAGAAACAACAUUGCAGAGAGCUAAAUCUCAGAGUUUUAUUUAUGUUACACUUAACUACCUCAUGUGACCCCCUGGAGGCAUAAAAAACUUCUUUUGACCGUGUGAAAUCUUUCUAAGAAUCUUACAGUUGGUGAUCUGUGAGGAUGUGUGUCUUUACAUUGUGUUAUGAAUGCAUACACAUUUGCUAAUAGUCUUUUCUCUGAUCAUCCACACUGUCUGUAGCCGUCUAACAAAGCAUGCCAACCACGAUGUUGGGGUCCACUUAAGUGAACUUUUUUUUUUUUUUCUGAGUACCCUAUAUGGAAAGAAUGUGCUCUGUAAAUUCCAAAGAUGGCUGAGCGGCGCUGAAUUGCCCCGUGGUAAGCUGUGUCCAGUCCAAUCAGCUGAAGUCAAGUUGACCGAGAUGAGCACAUUUUACUAUUUAAUACGCAGAGGAACAAGUUGACACAGCUGCAUACUGCUAAGCUUUCACAGAUGUUGCAGUGGAGCGUUGAUGGUUCUGAGUUUCUUUUGUCAUGUUUGCAAAAGAGGUAUUUAAAACUCUAAAUUUAAAGACUCAAAACAGUUUUCUGGUAAGUAAAACUUGAGAUUUGAGUCUUUGGAGAAAAACAUAAUCUCUGCCAUACAUUGUCUGUCCUGACAAUGCAUGUUCGAACUCCCUACGCUUGUGCUAUUUUUGCUGACACUACAGACUGAUGAUACCAGUAUCCAUAUCAGUAACUCCAGGCUACUGGCAGGUUUAUGUUACCAUCAAUGUGACCCAAGCGAGCAGCAGCACUUCAACAAAGCACAGCUGGUUAAACAAAAUAGCCGCAUUCUGACGCAUUCCAGCUUUUUUGAUUCUGCAGCGCCAGAAGGACCAUCAAAAAUUAAUGAAUUAUCCCUCAGUAACUCAUCCUUUUAUCAUGUUUGAGAUUUCAUCCACUGUUUCUGUGCAGUAGCUGUCAUGAACACCAACAAAGCUCUUUGGCGUCUAAUAUAAAAGCCGUAUGAACUCUGAUUUUUACACUACUGCACAGGUUUAUGCAGAAGUUUGUUUCUGCGUGGCUCACUGUAAAUAAACUCACUCUGUGGAUGUUUUUUCUAAUGAUGAAAGGAGAGGGAUGUACAGUAUGUAGGCCAGGAAAGCCUUUUCUAGAUGUGGGGAAGCAGGCAGGUGGAUACACAAACAGGUACAGACAGCAGGCGGGUGAAGAGAGAGAGAGACAGACAAACAAACAGACAAGACGCACAGCAGGGAGACAGGCAGAAAGACAAACCAAACAGUCAGACAGGUGGAAAGUGUAGAAAGACAGGUUGACAGUUAAGACUGACAAACCAGAACAACAAGCAGGCACAUUGGUUUGAAAAAAAGAAAAAGUCAAACCGUCUUCUUAGAUUACACAGCAUGUUUGGCGGUUCAGCUCACAAGAUGUUCCCUUUUUUCAGGUUUGGUUUACAUUCAGCCAGAGGGGUUAAGAGUUUAAUAUUUCCAUUUUCCACUCUGGGUAUUUUUAUUGGCCUCUUAGGAAAGAGGGAAGGAGAAAACACUCAGUCUUUUAAUAUGGGGGGAAAGUUGUGGCAGAAAUAAGUAAUGGCUAUUCAAAACCAUAAUGAUGUUUAAUAUACAUUAGUCAGAAUGUGAAUUUGUCAUUUGCAAAAAAAAUAUCCCUGCAUAUUGUUUGCAUUAAGUUGGUUUUGCUUUCGGUUCACUGAUCCCACAUGCCACUUGUUGCCAGCCCUUAGUCUUCUUCUUUACCUCUAUGUUCGGUGUGGUGAGAGCCGGUCAGCCGCUGAUCCACCAGCAUUAAAAAACAGGAACUCUUCGGGGACAUGUUUUUACUGUUUCAAUUAGGCUUUACUUUAAAUAGCCAUGGUUUCUUUCUGGUGAUCGCACCUUUGGCAUCCAAUGUUGGACUUACUACACAGGGAUGUUAAAGUUGGACCCAGAAGGAGCACAAUGUACAUCAACACAUUUACCCCCUAUACCUUCUGAGCAAAGGGACCUUACUAGUGCAUGAUACACAUCACCGUUUAAUCCAAUGACUGAUGUUAUCUCAUUAUUAUUAUUAUUAUUAUUAUUAUUAUUAUUAUUAUUAUUAUUAUUAUUAUUAUUAUUAUUAUUAUUAUUCUUCAGUAAUGAUUAAAAAUACUAUUUUCAUUGGUUGUAACCACAGACUAUAUAAAAGAUGGAUGUAGUGUAGUUCCAGUGGUUAUCUAUCAUAUUAUCAUUCUGAUUACAGUUUCCACCUUCUCUGUUUCCAUGGAUGCUGAAUAAAGGGAUCCAGUUCAAGCGUGUGUGUAUAUGCAUCAAAUAUUUAAUGAGAGUCAAACUAUUCUGAUAUGCUCAGAGUUUUGUCAGCAUCUGAUUAGUUUUGUGUUGCUCCUGCCAUAUUUCUGUCAAAUCAGGCAAUAAAAAAAGUUGAAAGUACUCUUUGUCAUGUAAAGCAGACAUGUGCAGUAAGAAUAGUUUUACCCCGACCAGUAAGAAAUAAAGGAUCAAGAGUUAGGGUAAAACGUCCAAACACCAAAUGGUACAAAUCACCCCCCUUAAGUAGAAUCAAAUUUCUCUCUGUUUGAAAUGGGGUGUGUAUAUGAAGCACUGGCUGAUAUAAGGCUGAUAGUAAAAGGCUCAUUUAUACAAUGUUAGUGACUUUACCUACUGGUCUCUGAAGAAGCAUUUUGAGCCCUAAUGAUGACGAUCAUCAUAUUUGAAAAGCAGACUGAACCUUACUUUUGGUCAGCUUAGAAACAAGCAAGAGGGUGAAGCUGAAGUAGUCUUUGGCCUCCCAGCAGUUUAACUCUGCUGUAAUAAGCAUCUUAAUAUGGGGCAUUAUAUGGACUCAUUGGCCUUAAGUAAACACAUGAGCAAAGGAUUUUUUUGCAACUCUGCUUUGACCUUAUCAUUCAUCACUUUAUUACAAGUUGAUAGGCGUAACCCAGCUGUGAAUUUUCCUUAUUGUCCUGAAAAGAUUGAUAAAUGUACUCAACAGUCAUAUGAGCCUGACAUCCAAGGACAUAAAAGCUCCAGUUUUAUAAUUAAAUCAGUUUCUCAUGUCUUAUUGGCUAAGGUCCAUUGUUGUGUAACAUUAAGUUAUUAAGCCCAUUAAUUCCAAUCACAUUUUGUUAAUGCCACAUUCCUGCUGUCUGAUUUUUUUUUAAAGAUAUUUUUGACUGAGCUGUCACAGUUAUGUCUCCAGGAACUCAAAUUGCAUUAAUCUAUGACAGUAAACAUGACAGUCCUGGUUUGUGUUUUGCUACAUGUCUAGCAUCUUACAGGAAAACAUUUAAAAACUCUUUAAACAGAACUGUUUUUAGAGGCUUUCUUAAACGUGUGUGUUUGUGUGAAACUUGAGAUAUAAAGAAUAAUUCUCACUCUUGAAAAAGACUGGGUGGGUUCUCUUUUAUGCUCGUGGAAUAGAUUUGAAAUAAAUCGACAAAAAGCACCUGUUUCAAAACUUUACUUCUCUGGAAACACCAGAUGCCAGCAGUUGGAGCCGUACACCUUUAGUCUAGUUUUGUGCACGAUGCUUGUGCUGAAAAGAAUUAAUGAUUCUCAGUGUGCUUUAUUGUGACCCUUGUGUUUGAAGUCUCCCUCAUGCAAGUCAGAGCAAAAAAAUCACUUUAAUUAGUCCAGAUGCGGUCACCUCACCGCUGGGUACAGCCGCCGUACCCUGAAUUCCCUUCCUAGCGCUGCAACACCGGCUGGAUAAUUGCACUGUCAAGGUCAGCAAUGGUUAGCUUUUCAGUUCACUGUUGAAGUGGAAAGAAUUGAAUCAAAGGGCUCUGAGAAGGUCUAAUCUCCACACUGGAAUGGCUUUGAUUGUGUCAGGGAGCAAUUAAGCAAAGGUACGUAUAUGUUUGGUCAAUAAAUCAGUCACUAAGAGUCACUGUGGCACAUAUGAGCACUUUGAAACUUGGGAUGCAAGGCAUUUUAAUGCUGCAAGGAACGCUUGAGCUUUUUCCCAUGUUUGAUCAUGCACAGAUGAAACAGAAUUUACAUGGCUGAUGUUGGAAGGCCAUGUAUUUACUGUGAAAUAGUCACUGACAUAUUUAAUCCAUGACAAAUUAAAGCGGUAGUUUUGAUAAGGCAUUAUGCUUCAGUGACCUGAAGUAUAAACCUUUUUGUUUAGCUUCCAGUGUGCACUUAGUCAAAGUCUAAUUUUUGUCCGUAGCUCUUGCACAACCUGCUGACUCCUGAUACAUAAUAAACACACAGUUCAGCCACAGCCAGUCAGCGAGUGUAGGGCAGCCGCCUAAUGAGGGGCCGCUCAGAGAGUUUAGGCUGAUGUUAAUUUGUUUUGUUUUUGUUGUAAACUGUGUGUCUGUAAAUAAUGUGUAAAUGACAAGCUGUCCUUGCAUGCCAACCAACCUGGCCACACACACAGCGGUACACACACAGACACAAACAUACACUUAUCUAUGCACACACUCAUUACAAGCAGGCCCUUUCAGGGGCCCUAGUGAUGGCAGUGCCAAGCUCUUUGAUUAGAAUGCAUUCAUGGUUUGCUCAUUAUGAGCGAGCCCAAUUUUGGACGUAUAUAAAAAAAAAAGGAGUUUCAAUUUUAGGAAUGUGGAAGUGGAAGCUUUGAGCGACCUUUUCCAUUUUCUGAUACAAGAAAUCAAAUCAAAUCAGGGAAUGCCAUGAGCAGACACAACCAUAUUUUUGAUCGCAGAAACCAAACCUUUAAGUAGAUGAUGGUAUAAAUGUAUUGUUUUCUUUCUCAUUAGGGGCCGGUACCCUGAAUCUGAAAAAGUUGUCAAAUGUUUGGGCAGCCUUGGAAAACCCUGCUUCAUCCUGGGACAUGCAUUCAGCAAAUUCUGUGAUUUUAUGAAACACACUCUCUGAUAUUUGCCCUUUGAGCUGUUAUAGGUCUGGUGGAUUUCUGAAUAAGUGAAACCUCCCCUAAAGUAUUGUUAUCCUAAUUUCCUACAAUAUUACCAUGACCUUCGAGGUAACUGCCAUUCAGAAGAGACCUCUCAAGUUUGGCUAGUUGUAUGCUACUUUUGGCCAGUUCUCCUGCUACAAGCUCAAUUGCUACUAUUAUAAUGCUGUAAUGAUCUUAUACCUGGAUCUAAACCAGCACAGAUGACAGCAUCUCCCACCAUUGCACGGUUUGGUUGUGUGUGUAUCUUGAUUGUAUGGGGGUUGGGAGGAAGUUGUAUGUAGGAUGUGUCCAGAUACACUCGUGCAUAAUCACGCAAAGGGGGCAGCAUGUAACCAGCACAGACAUGAGGAUGUUAACCUGCAAGGAGGACUGAAGGCUGGUAGUGCUAGCUCUGCUAGUGUUAGCCACAAACCAUUUUGAUACUGUUCCCCUUAGGCUUUGUGAUCCUGCGUUUAUAAGUAACAUAUGCUCUAUGUGUCUGUUUUGGAUAGUGUGGCUUUAAAUGUCAGUAUAAAUGACAAGAAAUCAUUGCUUCAGGACAUCCCCAUUUGGACCUGUUCAAAAGGUCUUAUAGUUCUGGCAAAGGAUGAUCCUGGAAACACUAACUUGUCUCAGCCUAAAAGAGUUCUAACCAGCCAUAACAAUGUUUAAACUAAACAUGAUUUCUUAGACAAUAAUUUACCUUUAGGUUGUUCUAAUACUGCUCUAAGGCAACACCUAUAACUACAGUGUGUGCUACCGUUCUGGCUGAGUAAAAACAAUCGGAUUUUUGUUUCAGAGAGAUCCUACACAAUCAUUUUAUUAGUGCAACUGACCUACUAUAGGUACACACAAGCAGACUGGGCCAUAACUGAGGCACAUAUGAUAGUACCUGCAGUGAUAGAUCAUCUCCCUCACCUCUUACCUUACCUGUUUGUUAUCCUGCCAUAAAGUGCUUCUAAACAAACAUCAACGAAAACUUUUUCUCAUGACCUUUUUUGGACAAUAAUCAUACAAAGAUUCUCAUUGUCAUUUUGUUAGCAUCACCUCACUGUUAACGUUUAGCCGUUCAACAUAAGGCCUGCUUGCAGUGCUUAACUUAAGGCAGAUUGGUUUUAUCAGCGUUCUUCUUUAAUCACUCAAAGCAAGAUGCAAGAGCUAAAAAUCACACCAGAGCUUCUCAAAGACCUUGAAACCUCCUAAAAAUAGAGCAUUUACACACCCACGCGCUGCCACACAUGUGCAGCAUAUGUAAACAUGCACAUACACGCACACAUGACCACAUACUGACCCAAACGAAUGCUGCAACACAUGUCCAGGCAGCUAUAAGCACACAUACUGUACACACACCCCACAGCCACAAGGGCAGCCUGCUCAAAACCACUAAUGCAAACAUGAGAUAAUAUUAGCUGGCUAUAAAAUGGCAGGUCAUAUUUUUGAAAUACCAGCACGGGGUCAUGAACUGCUGGAUAAAAGAGCAUCAUAGUUGUGAGCCGAGCUGCUUGGCUUAAAAUAUACCCCAGGGGUCUAACUUAAGACCUGGAGAGGUGCCUGCUUGGUAUUUUUGGGUCUGUGUUUACAGGUGUUUAUUCAGUGGCAACAGUGCCAAGAGGUUAAUAGGAUACCCACUUUAAGAAGUUCAAAUAGACUAAAGUCCAUGUUAUUGAAUUUGUGGUUCUUUCGACCCAACGAUGGCCAGGAGGAAGGGGCUAGUGGAGUAGAAGCACACCUUUUAAAGCCCGCUGAGUUACAUUUCUGCUGCAUUUAAGUUUAGGCAAAAACACAAGGUCUCAGCAGAUUUCUCAAUCACCUAACUAUGACUAACAAAAUUAUGUUAAAAUGAUCAGUUGUCUGAAACAUAAAUCAAGCCACAGGAGUCGGACGUUUCAGAAGCAUCUAAUUUGGGCAUUCAGGCUCCAGGAAGUUACAUCAGCUCUUUUACCUUUCAAAUGAUCCGGAGCUCAUGAACUUUAUCCUGAUUGAUAAACAACAAACCUCAGAAGACCUUUGCUGAACUUUACUGCUUUGUUUUACUUUGUUUUCACUGAACACUAUCUUUAUAAUGUUCAGCAUUAAAUCCCUGUAAUAUAAGUCAUCCCUGUUGUAGCAUAAUCAUAUUAUUGAAAAGCUGAAUUUGAUGGUUGCACAUCUCUCAAGGAAAUUGGAUCCUGUUGUGAAAAUAUGAUUGUAAUGCAAAGCUGUUAAUUGGUGAAAUAAUCAUUUCCAAACACUUCAGAAUUUAUAUCCAACCAGUGUUGCUCCCAUGAUGCUUGUUGAUGUUUACUGUGAGUUUAUGUGGGUUAAGAAGUGCUCUGUGCUAUAUCUGUCUCCUCAGAAGCUAGACUUCAUCUUCCUUUCCUUCUGUCAUCCUCCUCUCCUUCCCGUCCAGGACCUCAUCACCCGCCCCCUUUCUUCCUUUGUAGUUUUCCACUAACCUCCAUUUGUCUGCUCCUCUUCCUCUGCAGGUCCUGCUCUGUCCAUCUUGUACUGAAACUCGAUCCGACCAGGUGUGUUGUUUGAAAGAGCUGAGAAACGCAGAACAUGGCUGUGGCCAGAUGUCCGGAUUAUUUCCUGCAUCAUCCUAAUUAUCAGGUAACUUUGAUUUUCUGUGUAGGACUUUCUCUCAGUAACUCAAACUCUUAUCUUGAGUGGAUUUUUUUGUGUGUUAUUUAACUUAUCAACUUAUGUUUGUGGGGCUACAAUGUUGUGGUUUUAGAAAUGAAAAGCCAGCACUAAUGUACCACAGGAUGUGGACCAGGAAGUUCUUUUAUUUGAUAGAAAUCUAAAGCAGAAUUGUGCUGGUGUGAAAUUAAAUAACAUUCGAUCCUGUCACAGAGUCUAACUUUGCAGGGCAUUGCUAACAUGAAUAUAAUCCUUGCAUGAAGCUUCUGGGAAGUUGUUAACCUGAUGGGGUUGUGAAAUAUGAACUCUGUCGCUGUACAAGUCAAAUGCCUGGUAUUAUUUAUAUUUUUAACAUGGGACACUUAUAAUAAACCAUCCAAGAAGAACUCGAGGUACUGCAGGAGUGCUUCCAAGAAUUCUUAAAAAAGGUGAGGGUGCGGAUUCAGGUCACUGUGGUUCUUGCCAACUGUGCUGCCUUUCCCAGCCUCUACCUCUGUCUCUGAUGCUCUUAGCCGUAUAUUUGGCUUACACGUGAUUUGUCAAAACAUUUGGCCUCUUUCAACAUGCUGAAUUAACAAGAAGCUGCAGGGGAACAGUCUGUUGAGCAGUGUUGAUUCAACAGGCUCACUGAAACACCUUCUUAUGGCUCACACAGCCCCAGGUAACAGCUGCUUUUUUAUUCUGAUGUUAUGGUCAGCCCACAUUUAUGAAUCUGGGGCCGUGUGUAGUUAAUGCCUUGUAUCCACCUCUUUAUUCAAGUUAAAGCAUAAGAAUGGAAAAGGAACACUUGGAAAAACAAGUUAUCACUGUAUAGAAAGGAUGCUUUCUAUAUGCUUUUAUGCUAUUUUACAGUAUUAGUUUGAGGCUGUUGAUGGCAUACUUACAUAUAAUGUGAGUAAAUUCAUCCCAAUACAGUUAUUCAGUAACGUAAUAUCUAACAUCAGUUGUUAUCCUCCUAAGUCCAGCAAAUCCAACAGCAAAAUUACCAAAAAAAGUGUCAUAGAAACUAUGUUCUCUGCAAAUACAAAGAAAGUCUUUGAGUGUGAAACCCACAUUGCCUGGGCAUUAUAAUCAGCGAAUCAUGGCCUAUCUAAGUCAAUUGAUAUUGUCUAUUUUCUGAUAUCAUCAUCAUUUUCAUGCACCUCAUUCAAUACCAAAAUCAACAUUGAGAUUAUGAGAUGGUAUCAUCCAGUUGGUUUUUUGCUUGGCAAUGCAAAAUUUUUGUUUACAUUUCAAACUUUUUUACACUCCAAAAUUGCUCGAGUACCAGACAAAUCCAUUCGACUUAAAAAAAAAAAUCUUUUUGUAAAAUAAUCAAAACAGCUGAACUUUUUCUUUGGAAGCCAAAGUCUUGAACUUUGUCUUAUUUGUCAGUUUUGGUAACCACGGGUGGUGGAUUUUGAGCCAGAAUAAGAGUGAGUAAGGACUUCCAAUUAAUCAUGUAUGUUGAAAAUAAGAAGUGUACUGAAAUUUUGAAAAAAAAUAAACUAUGCUUGUGUUCUUUUUUAACUCAUGAUGAAAAUAAUGUUUCACACCAGAAGGAGACAUUUCAAAACCUCUGCCUCUGUAAAGUUCGAUCUCAUUAGUUAAGGUUGAGGUGCACAGUCAUGUUUGCUAAUGCCUAUUAAUCCAAUCUGAAUUUGUUCUACUAAGGUGUAGAUGUUCUAUUUUCCCUCAGGUUUAUUGCAUGCAGCAGAGAACAGAAGAAGGUCUGAAUUAAAAAGAGACAAACAAUUUCUCCUCCCUUAAAUUUUGAGCCCAAACAUUGACUUCUACACAGCAGCUUGCAUCUUGAUGCGCUGAUUUCUGAUCGGGGUGGUAAGGUCAUACUCCACUUCUGCAGUUUUAAGGUCAGUCAAUUUGUUCACACUAGCUUGUGAGGAGCAAAGGGCUUUCAAACAUUUGUAUUAGGGCAGUAGCAUGAUUAGCCUGAUCAGAAGCCACUCUGUUGUUUGCCUGUCAGCUGGGCCAUGGGUUAUCUGUGCCCUUUGACCUCAGAGCUGCGAGGUCAGAGAGUUUAGCUUCUAUAGUCUCCCAGAUCUCUUCAGCUUAGAGAGACAGACACCAAAGAUACAAACUGGGGACUUUGUUUGCGUGUGUUGGUGUGCUUUUAUUUGUAAUAGAGGAAAGUAAGGGUCACUAGUGUGUAUGUUUUGCUGUGUUUCUGCUGUGUUGCUUCAGCUGCAAAGAUGACUCCCAAAACGCUGUGAAAGGAAUCCAUUUUUUAAUGAUGCAUACAAUAACAGAGCAGUUUAAGAAACCAGCCCAACAAUAAUAUUUAACUACAGGGAAUAGGCCUGGAGUUGAGGCUGAGGUGACGACCCCUUUUGGCACAGAGAAUCAUUGUAUAAGCUGUGUCCAAAAUCAGGGGCUGCAUCGUUUGAAGGGGAUUGACUACAAAGGAUGUGUCUCUUCUAGCCGGCAUAGACCACAGUUUGCUGCAAUAGAGUAUGCAGUACAUGGACCCCAAUGUAUAAAUUCCCAGUUGAUGCACACACAGACCUACACAUAUUCACCGGUUUGUUCAGAGCAUUCAGCUAUUACAGAUGUACCUUGACUUGCCGAAUGAGAAAACCCAUUCACUGUGAAAUUCCAGCGUUAUGGCAGAUCUUCACCGAUAAAACUCCAGCAGCGAUUCAAAACAGAUUCAAGUUAAGAUAACAUUCAUGCUGUACUCACAGGGAUUAUAUCUCCACUUUAAUCUUGUUGGUGUUGUAUGAUAGUGAACAGUGAUUAAAAGAAGGUAUGUGCACAGUUAGGCAGAUCUGAUGCAGUGGGAAAAAAAAAAACACAGGACUGUAAGUGGCAGUUCAGAGCUGAUUAAAAAAUUCAGACAAGACCUACGAUACUUUUUAUUGGUUAUAUAAAUUUAACCUUGGCCCCUUUUGUGCAAUAAAACUUAAUUGGAUUGAACAUGCUGCAUAAGCAGAACUCAAGCAAUCCAGUUGGCCAAUAUUGUCAUGUAAUAUAUACAAAAGUUCUGUAUGCCCUCCAGUGUAUUAAGCGUCCACAUAUCUCUGUUCGAUCUCUGGAAAAACAAGCAGAGUCCAGCAGCUGAGCUUGAUUUUCACUGUGAGAGAGCCUAGGAUAGCUGGAUUGUUAUAUCUGGGGCUAAACAUUAACAGGAUUCAGUUGUGUUUCCCAUAACAUGCCAGUAUUCCAAUAAAUCACGAAAUCAGGUUUAUUUUGCUUGGGGCUUUUCACUGUGGGCAUUUCUCUCAUUUGUUAAAGGGACAUUUGACUGAGAACCCCUUUGUGAACUUACUAUUAAGGCAAAGGUGACCAAGUCAGUGUAGUGGCUUUGACACGUCUUUAGUUCAUUUGAGUUCAAAUAAAGUGUCUCAUCACCCUCUGACAAAGUUUUUCCUCUCAAGGGUCAAGAACUGGUACUCAUAGCAUCCUCUGAGGAUGCAGACCUCCCCAAUUUCCCUGCAUUUACAAAGAAAUUUAAUCUAAAUUAUUAUGUGACAGGUUAUACAGAACGACUUGAUAUAUUUGACCAAACUGGAGUUAAUUUGAGAUAACUUGAUUCUCUUGUUCCAUUUUUAACAAAUGUCCUGAGUUUCUGUCUUUGAUAACUUCCACUGACAACGAUUGCAACUAAGCAUGUUGCCUUUGUCUGCAAAAAAACAAACAAACAUCUUCAUAGUCUUAGUUGCAUCGCCCAUAAAUUUUUAAAGCCAAGCCGUAUUAGAAAUGCUGAGUCGACAUAAUUUUUCAGUCAACCUGGAGACAGACAAAAGAGGUGGGGCUGAGACAAGUCUCAGUUUUAGUAUGUUUAAAACAGAUGAGUUUUUAAAAGGUCACGUCUGUACAGUGUAGCUACGAACAAAGAAACAAGUUAUUUGGAUCAAAGCUGUCUUUGGGAAAAGGAUGUAAGCAUGUUCUGUUUGAAACAACAGUGGGGGUUCCUGCUUGGUUUUAACGACAGUUUAAUCCCAAACUAGCAAAGUUUGCAUUUUACGUAGUAGUUAAAUCUUAUGCUUUUUGUGAUUUUCACAUUGGAAACUCUUGAUUUAAUUAAAAGAAGAAAAAAAAACCAAUAUAUAACAUUGUGUCAGAAGACAGAGACAUAAGCAAAAGAAUUCUUUGAGUAAGUUGUAAAAUGUGUUUACAUCAAUGGACCCUGUUUACUGACUCAAAAAUUUACUGUAAGUAUUUAAAUACUGACAACAGACUGUUUCCAUUAAUGGUCUUAUGUUUUAGAGCUGCAGUAAUUAAAACUGAAUUAUCUCACUGUGUUCUUAAUUGCCUAAAGAUUACAGUUUUGAAAAUAAAUGCCAUCAAUCCAAUGUUCUCAAAAAUACAGGUCCUCUAACACCAGAUAUAGUAAAAAGAAGUAAAUAACAGAAACAUUACCAACACUUGCUUACAUUAUUAUUAGAUUAUGAUUGGCUAGAAAAUAAAGCUGUCUAAAACCUAAAUCAGCUCAUGUUGAGUAAAUACUGUGUUUGUGUGUGUGCUGUGUUAGCAGCUCCAACAACAGCUGAGUUUCCACUAACAGAUAAAUGAAGCGGUAGAGCAGACAUAAGUGUGACCCUCUGAUCUCAUUCUGGUUAAUUAUGUAAGAAGGGAUUUCCUCUUGCUGUCUCGUGUUCAUGUAUGUUGCAGUAGGACUGUGUCAUUUAUCCCCCUACUGUCUGCAGGAUGGCCUGCCAGAGGUCCACUCUGUCGAAAGAUUUCCACAUUUCUAAGAUUUUCUUUUCUUCCCUUGUAAAAAGAUUUUAUACCCUAAAACUUGAAUUUCAUUAUUGUCAGCUGCUCUUUUUGGCCUCUUAGCAGGUCAAGUAUUUGUUAUACCCAAUCCCUGGCCAAGACAUUGAACCUCAGUCUGACCUUUUCUAAAGGCGUAGCUUUGACAUGUGCCUCAGUCUUUUCCUUUUUGUUUGAGGCCCUAUCUACAGACCUUUGUGUCUGCCCUGCUUUCAGUGCCGUAACCUUGUCUCUGGCCUUUUACUUACCCCUCUUAAAGACCCUCAACCCCUCAGAGUUCCUUUCAACCUCAUCAAUAUGAAAAGGCCCCUAUAUGCUCCUUGUCAAAAUGUGGCCUACCCUCAUUGCCGUUUUGACCCCUCUUUAGGAACGCCAGAAACACGUGUGUCUGUGCUUAUGCACUUCAGCUUUUGUGUCUGUGAGUAAAAGAAUGAAAGUGAGAGAGACUGUGAAGCUUGAUGAGAAAAAGCUCGAACAAGGAUAAAAAAAAAAGUGAACAAGUAAAGAAAAAAUCUGUGCUUUUAUUUAGUUAUUUUCUCUUUGUCGUCACAACUUCAUGGGCUCCAAUAAACCUUAAACCUAUUCCAAGUCUGCAGUGGCGUGGCUGAGAAUUAUGCAAAAUGACCAGUAUCUAUAGGAUAAAAUCCCCAAGUUAACAUUCAGUCAAUUGUUUGUGGAGGUGUCAAAGGCUGUCUGGGAUUUGGAUUUUUGUGAGAAAGAUCAACAAAAGAGAUCAAGGUGUGCUUCUAAAGCUCCUUUUAGUCCUUUGAGUGUGUUAACUCAUUUACUCCCAGACAACCCUGCAAAGCGGCAUUCAAUGCCAGUAUAUGGUGUGAAAGAGUCCCUGCGUUUUUGCUCAGUGGAGCUGAACCAUGACCAUCCUGUCCUGAACACACACACGCACACACACUAGCGUUGCGCUGUACCAUCCCACCAACCAACCAGCGUCCCAUUGCUGUUUGGGUGACUGGGUAGGGAUCAGUCACAGUCUGGUAGCUGGACCCCCAGACGGUGAGUGUUGAUGAUGGGGUUUGCUGUGUCACGGGGACAAAUGGGGUGAUGCGGUGGUUGUUUUACUGUUUUUUUUUUUUUUAAUUUCAAAAGAAGGUUCCCAUUAAGCUUCGAAGUCUCUUUUCUGAUGCGACCAAAACGGCUGGAACAGGAGACAAUACAAAGACGGAACAAUGCAAUGUAAUGAUUGGAUGCGGUUGGUUUAGUUGGUAUAGAAGAGGGGUUUCUCUAUGGUUGGGGGGGCUGGGGUGGACAGGACCUAUACUGACGUUGAGCCUCCAUUUAUAUCAAGUUUUGGCAGAGAGUUUGCAGUAAAGACACCAGGGAGGAACUCCUGCGACUUCUUCCCCACUCAACAUAAAAAGCUUAGUGUUACGGGCAGGAAAUGGAUUGUACAAAUCCAAACUCUGCAGCUGAGCUUUUAACGUAAAGAAUGGAGGCAUCAGAGUGGGAUUCUUCUUCAAGCUCGACCAUCACAGUGAGUCCAUUUCUUUGCUCUGCCCUUUAAGUCUUUUUGAACAAUUACUUUAUCUGUGUAAUGUGCUGAUUUCACCAUGUGAGCUAAUAGUCAGGCUCAGGAAUAGAAAUGUAUCAUGUAGAAAUACAGAAAUCAUCUGCACCUGUCCACAUUCAAAUAGAAAAAAGGUGUUAUUUCAGUGUUUUUGUUUUGUUUAAAGAGAAUAAAAAGUUGUUUUAUUUCUUAUAUCAGAACUUCAUUCUGCGGCACUCAAUUUGAUGAGUAAUGUGUAUCUGAUAUAUAUACUGUAGUGAAAUUAACUUCUGACAUCAGUAUGUAGAGCCUGGAUGUCCUUCAACGAAUGAGAUUUGGGGUCUUAAGGAUUUCAUGACUGGUACCAGGACCACCAUCAUUCCGUCACUGUAACUCAUUCACUUUUGACAACAAAGAUAAUUUGAACUGACAUGGGGCAAAAAACACAUUUAUCGAGGAAAAAUAGAAAGAAUGAACUGUACAGUAGAAAAAAAAAAAAGUGCAUGAAGAGCUUGCGCUGCCUGUAUUGUCUAUCGGAACUGUAAGUGAGGCAGAAGAAGCAACCGCAACGGCUUUUAUUACAGCAUCGGAGGAGGUUACUCAGAUACACACUGUAGGGUUUUUUUUUUUUUUCCUUCAGCACAGUGGACCGCCCCGGGACGUUCUGUUCCCACUCGUGCUGUCAGGCCUGAGCGGGACAUUCCCUUCACACGUACAUCCACACUCACAGACACAUGCACACAAUAGGUAACCCUGAAAUGAACUAUUCAGGGAUUGUAAAUGCUGGAAUUAUUUCAGAAUGAAAUAUCGCUGCUCUCAUUCUUUCAGCCCUGGUGGAAAUGUGUUUCUCACUGUGCAGCAUGUAGGCAGCUGUGCAUAUUAUUAUGGAGAGAGAGAGAGGUCAGGUAAGGACAUGGUGCUGGAGUUUUAUCGGCUGUGCUCUAGCACACAUCCAGCCAUGUUCACACACUCAGUGUAGAAACAGCUGAGCUUAUCGAACUUAAUCUUUCUAACAACUUUGAAUUUUUAUUACUAUUUGAAACUGUAAUUUUUAAAUUGUUCAAGUUGUGUCUUCCUUUCAUUGAGUAACUUUUUUACAAACCCUCUUUAAACACUAGUAGCUUCUGUCUUAAAACCACAGGGAAUGAAAUAAUACGAGGAUGGUACAGUCUUGUAAUUAUGAACUGCAUACUUUAAUCACACUCUGCCGUUGGGUCAUUUACACCUUUUAAGGGUAUAUAUUCACAUGGUUUUGUAAAAAAUGUACAUUGUUCACAAGGCUUCUCUUCUUGUGCACUUUUACUGUUCUGACCACAGCAGCUGUUUUUCUUUCUUGUUUGUCAGGCUGUAUAUGACCUUUUGUCUCUGCUGCAACUAGACACUCCAACAGCUCUUACUGUGCUUUUUUAUUUGAAAUAAUCCCCCUAUUGUCUUCAAGGUUCUGCAUAAGACAGUCUCUCUCUGCAGUAUCGAGUAUGAAAUGGAGAUAUAAUCAUUCUUUUGUAAGCAAUUUCCAUGUAAAGUCAACUUGUUUGAAUCAGGACUGUCCCAGUAUAGCAGUAUCGAUGAUAAACAUCGAUUUGGAGAAAGAAACACUGAAAUCGUGCAAAAAAUAAAGCACACAGUUAUACACGAGGUCCUUGUGUUGGCCCUUUGCGCUAGCUGCCAAAGAAGAAGCAGCAGCUGUUAGCAGGCUAGCUUUAGCAGCUCUCUGAGAUGAUUAAAUACUCUAGUAAACAGACAUUUAACUUUCAAACAUUCUUAUUCAGAUCCACAUCUGCAGGAAGUAGUUCAUACCUCAAAAUAACAUAGUUAGCAUAGUUCCACCAUGUGGGAAAUAUAACAAACAGAGCAGGAAAAGAAAAAUGACAUGGCAAAUAAACAUUUCUAUGUUAAUGUCUUAACACAUUUUAGUCACAGGGCUGGUAAUGUGGAUAAAUCCCAGGUUUGAACAUCAUUAGAGACAGAUGAUGACAUUCAAGUUACUUCCAUGAUCAAGUCAAAUGUUGCCCUGCUCUUGCUUUGCCUUGUUUUACCUUCUGUUUUCUGAAAAUAUCGUGAUGCUAUUGUUAUAAGAAUUUUAUGGUCACAGUAAUUGUAAGGUGAAAAUCUGAUAUUGUAACAGUCCUUAAUUGAAUACGUAUGUACUUUACCAAAGGAGAAAUGGCCUGCUAUUAUUUGGCUUUCUUCCACCUAUUAAACACAAAUGUGAACAUGAGAAAUAAGCAGAAUUUAUUUAUUUAUUUAUUUUCUUAAUUUGGUAUUUGGUUGCUGCUUUGCCUCUCAAAAAGAUGACAGUAAUUCAAAAAGGUGUGUUUGUUCUGUUACUGAAAUAUGAAGUAUAAUGUCAAACUGUUCUUUCUUUUGUUUCCCUCUCUCUCAGCAGGACAAUAUAGACCGGACCUCCAAUCACAGGCAAGCUGACCUCAUUGGUCCAAGCUUCCAGCAACCAGCCAAUCGAAGCUCUCCAAGCCAUCAAGGUUGGUCUCUAGCCAAAAAAUGUAUACAUUAGAUUACGGGUGUGAAUUUGUUGAUGCUUGUUGAAUAUUCUUAAGUUAAAUGGGGUAUGAAACAAACAACAUGCAUAAGCCUUCUAAUGAAAUGUAGGAUUUUACAUACAGCGGGACCUGUCUUAUUGUAAGCACCCUCUCAGGGCUUACUGUAUAUUGGCUUCAUGUAACUUCAGCCUGCUGUGUAUUCCCCAUUUAUUUCAUGCAUGGGAGGAUACAAGAAGGUAAUAAUAAAUAUGACCCUGGGAUCUGCUGUGAAUUAUUAUGUGUUUUGGUGUGUGUGCGUGCGUGUGUGUGUGUGUGUGUUUCCCUCAUCCUCAUACAGUGUGGAGAACGGCUUGCUGCUCAUUACCCUCCUCUUGUCAGGCGGCGGGUUGAGGGGGAUAAUAUAUAUUUGGGUCUCUUCCGCUGUAAACAUUUCAGCAGUUCAAAGUGUGAUCUGCGUGGACACAGGGUGCCAUUAUAAUUACGCUGCCUAUCUAAUUGUGCCAUACAGGGUUCAUCCAUGACAAUCGGAGCAUGAGAUUUAAGCACAAUAUUGGCUCAGCAUGGGAGGUAAGGGCGGGGAGUCUGUGAGGACUCGACGACUGAAUUAGAACGCUUGGCCCUGGCAUGGGAAAUAAAUGGAGCAGAAAUUACAUUGUCAUUUUACAGAAUCAGCCGGGACGGAGGGAACUCAGAGGCAUCGGCGAGGGAGACGAAUGGAGAUGACUUUAACUAAGGAAGAUUUUUGUUUACACUGUCUAAUAAGUGAUAGUUUGGGGGCACUUUCAGAAGUUAUUUUUGUACCGUAGAUUAUGUCAAGAAAUGUAUUUGGAGCCUGACUCAUGAGACUAUGUUUUAAAGGCAUAAUUCUCCAAUCUUUCUCCCCAUCUUUUUUUUUAAGUUUAGCAAGUAAGUGGGAAUAGUUUAUAGUCAACAAGCUUUUCUAAGUCUUAGGAGCCAUACUACAAAGUCUGCAUUAUCUGAGGAGAGAUUUAGCGUUCAGCCCGGAUACUUCUGGUGUUAUUAGAGGGAAGAUUAUCUUCGCUGACGUAGUUUAACUUGUUUUCCAGUAAACCUACUCUUUAAUUCGAUUUGCCCUCUGAUAGAGCCACCAGCUACUUGCUGUGUUUGCUGCAAAGCUAGACCAGUCAUAAACCUAUUAACUUUAGAGGGAACAGUACAGCUUUGUUGGAACAUGAUCUGCCAUUAUUUCACAUGUUUGGAAUGAGAUACGAUUGAGCGGCUUAUCAGGGCAUUUGCAAGGCAAUAUUUGAUGUCUAGAAAUAGAACUUUCUCCUCAGGAUACUCCCGAUGUGUAAGCCGAGGAUUUACCAUACACAAAAUAAUUGACUGUGAAUUUAUGGUUUUAGAAAGUUUAAUAUGGUUUUCCUGGUUGCGGCCUUUCUUUAAAUAACUAUGAAAAUGAUGAGGCCACAUUGUCCUGAGCUGGGGCAUGACACAUAUGUGAGUCCUCUCCAGUCGCUCACAGAUGCGAUGUCACAGGCUUGCACUGUGCAAAUGCUGUCUCCUCUUUGUUGUUUUUCUCAGACACACGCCAGAGUGACUUCAGUCCUAUAGCUGAGUUCAUUGUCUCUCAGGUUAUAAAACUUACUCGCUGCACGUAAGCCUUGUGCUUGAAAUAUCCAAAAGAAGUACAUAUCUGCAUGUGUGUCAACAAAUUGAAUUAGAUGUUGGGGCAUGCUUAAUUAAAUUUAUCCCAUAGAAACAAUGUGUUCGUCAUCUUUUGCUUACAUCCCUAACAACCACCAGGAAGAUGAUAAUGUGUUCAGGUUUUCAGUCAGAUUCAAAUUUUUGAUAGGAAACAUUGUCUAAAACAUACUUCCAUUUUUAUGUUAUUUAUUUGUUCCCAUGCAUACAUUUAUAUCUCUUCUGCACAUUCUCAAAGUAAAGUUUAUUAGCAGGUCCGCUACAGUUCUCAUACUGAGAUAGUAUGUGUGGUUGUAGCAGUCCUUACUUAGAACAAAUGUCAAAUAUCAUCAAACUUACUCAUAUCUAACUUGUUUAAUGACGUGGAUUAAAAAUUUCUGCAGUAUACUUUUAGGGUCUCACUCACCAGGCCAAAACAACUGUUGAGCAACAAAUCUAAUCAACCAACACAUUGAUCUGAAAGCCCUGUUAACACUUCAUCUCAUUCCUUGAUAUGACCCAUCCAUUCUUAUAUUAUUCCACUUCUGCUUUUGUAGAGGGAAAGUAUGUCAUAGACCUACACGUGCAAGCACACAUGCAUAUAAACAGACACCCACAGUAGUACAAGCAUUGAGGGGCCCCAGUCCAGCGAACAAUAAUGCUCUUAAAAGGGGCUUUUGGAGGGGCAGUGUUAGCAGAUUAGGGCUGUCACUUUUUAUUUAAAAAUUUAAAGCUUCAUUUGAACUCUGGGGGAAAAGUUUGUAUUUGAACUGUAAUGAGCCACUUGAACUCUUAAGAAUACAAUAUACCAGAUCAUCAAGCCGUCUGAAGUAACUUGCCAUAAGAUCAGGCAGAGGGAGCUCUCAUCGUAACCUGGCCAAUACAUGCAAUCUUGACCUUGGUAAACUAAUACAGUAGCGUAUUUUUUGCACUAUAAGGCGCAUCAUCAAUGAAUACGUCUAUCCGCGUCUAUUUUCAUACAUAAGGUACACCGGAUUAUAAAGUGCACCCGUUUAUAAAGUGCAUAAGGCCAAACAAAACAGUCAGAUAAGUCAAACUUUAUUUACCUCAUUCAGUAACUCUGUGAGGCUACGGUAGCUGCAGUGCUCUGACAUGCCAAAAGGACUUUAAGUGUGCCUUAUAGUGCGAAAAAUAAGGUAGUUAUAUUGUAAAGGAGGACAAGCAGAGCCGCACUUAGUGGACAGUCACAACACCAAAACAUCUGAGACGUGCUGUGUUGAGGUGUUUUGGGAUCUACACCUUAGAUGGAAAACUUAAAAACAAAGAUUGGGCUGUCUGAUGACUUUGCAAAGUGGUGGCAGCAGAUGAUGCACCACCAUCCUCAUUACAUGAUGAAUGGAUGGAUGGACAGCGCAAUGACGAGUGUUCAACGACAUAUGACUAUCUUUACUAAAAGCAAAAAAACUUUCACAAUAUUAUUUUAUAGAUAUUUUUUUUUAAUCUUAAAAAUAUUUUUAGGGGUGCUGAUAGCCUAGCGGUUGAAGCGCCCCUCAUUUUGAGUCUGUAGUCCUCGAUGCAGUGGAUGCUCUAAGUCCCUGCCAGGACUGCACUCCUUCCCCUGCUCUCUUCUCUCCACAUUUCCUGUUACUCCUCAGCUGUCUUAUCCAAUCAAGGCAAAACUGCCCUAAGAUAUAGCGCAAAAGAAAGAUUUCUUUAUACUCCCUAUAAAGUAGUUCUUUGAUUUCCCUGGUAAUGGAUUCUUAUCAUCCUCCUUGUGGUCUGAUUUAACAGAAAACUGAACACUCCUCAGAUGUAGUAACAGAGGCGGAAUGAGGGGAAGGAGGUUGAGAUGGACAGUGUUGCAGCCAGCAAGACAGAGUGGCACUGUGUACAUGCAUAUCUGAUUCUGUGGGUAAAUGGAGCACCCACUGUGCUAAUGUGGAUGCCGUAUUGCAAUACAAAGUCACACUGCUACACCAAUGUUGUUCUGUUCCAGAGUGCGAUGUUUUAAGUUUUAAGAUGUAUCAGCAUUUUAGAAAUUAACAUCAAUUUAAAAAAGACAAAAAUACCCAAAGCUGAUUGACAUUGGAUUAAUUUUCUUACUAUUUGAUUUUGAUCAGACACAUUAUUGUGGAAUUGAAAGUCUACUCUGUGAUUAGAAAAAACCUUUUAACCUAUAGUUUUAUCUGUCAAGUUUCCCUGCAAUCUUUUAAAUUGUUAGUUAAGAUAAUUUAGUGACUAGUCAAAGACUAACAUAUCCUGAUUUUAAAAGUUGAAGUGUGAAUUAGUUUUUAGUAAGGUAACUCCUGGUUCCUACAAUACUAAGUGAUGCUGAGCAUUGUGUGAAGUAAAGUUCCUCUGUCAUGUGGUCCUGCUCACCUCGUUUGAACCCACUCUCCCUUUUUCUCUUUUCUUGUUCCUGAUCCAAAGUUCCCCCUGAAGUGAAAUUCUGCCUCUCCGUCCCUCUAUUUACUCCUGUCCCUCCCCUCCAUGUUCAUCUCUGUUUCCCUUUCUCCCUCCCUCCUCCGGUUUCCCACUGAAAUUCCCGCACUCUCCCUCCCCAAUCAGGAGGCUUGGCCCUUGGUGGGUGUGUGUGUGUGUGUGCUGUCACUGCCUGUAUUGUGUUCCCUGGUGCAGAGCCACGCUUUACAGUUUAGACUUGCUCUGUCUAUCAUCCCACUGAUCCCUCUGAAUGGAAACCCCUCUGCUGGGUUUGUACUUAUCCCCCCUUGUGUGUCAUCUAUGUGUGUGUGUGUGUGUGUUCAAUUCAUGCACUGUAUACCCCUUGCAUUCCUUUUCUCGGCAGGAAAGUUGCCCCUCCUCUUUGUUUUUAACAAGCAGGAAUGAAUAAUAAAUGCACAGACUACAUUCCUGAGUUAAAGAAAAACACAAAGCCAUAUGGUUCUUUCUUCUGUACAAUGGUUUGUUUUGGCUGUUUAAUGAUCAGAGGCUUUCAAAACAGCUUUCACGCAGAUUCCAACCAGACUUGACUAGUUUAACCGUUGGUCAAUACUGUAUUUAGCAUGGAUCAGACAAUAGAGCAAGCUGGGACUAUUUUUACCCCUAAUUUAACUGGUUCUAGGUUCUUAUAAGGGGUGGGAGGGUGUGUGUGUAUGAUUGAACUCAAGCCAUGGGAGAAAUUAAACAAUGAGGAAAUGAGAACAAUACAGCUAGUGUUAUCCUUUGACCCAUCAGAGUUUUUUCUUUGGUUGUGACUUCUGCAGUGGAGUUUGGGUCUAUAAAAAGACCGGAUGGAAGAUAAAGGACUGAUUAGAAAAGAUGUUAGGACAAAACAAGCAUUAUUAGAACCUCCUGACACCUGUGUUCUCCCUUUUUUUCCAACACUUUGUAAACAACAAAGAAUUAAUUAAUUAAUCAGGAAAAUCAGUGUCAAAUUCAUCACAAGUGAAAUUAGUUACAUACCAUCCCUACACCUGUGUUUUACAGUUUAUCUAAAUGAUUGGUUUCUUUGCUUGUCUUCACUUGUGACACAGUAUGGCACAAUUUUAUUUACUUUAAUUAAGCUGUGCUUGUUUAAGCCCUUGAAUAUAGGUAUUAUCUCCCCUGCACAAAUACGAAAUUCUCAAGCUCCAAAAUACACAACUGAGAUCCUUAUUUUUCUUCAGUUUUUGUUUUAAAUUCUUGCUGUGCCAUAGACGAAGGGCCUGUGUCCACUGUCUCUACACUAGCAAUGCCCACAACCACAAUUUCAGGGCGCUUUUCAUUGUCGGGUUCGAAAAAGUUGCCUGCUAACAUUUCUGCUUUUCUAAGUAGUGAUUGUUAUAUCUUUUCUAAAAUGUUUCAUGGGUUUGUAUUUGCUUUUGUUCCACUUAUAUAUAUAUAUAUAUAUAUAUAUAUAUAUAUUUUUUUUUUAUAUAUAUAUAUAAACCUUAAAACUGUAAAAAAAAAAAAAAUCUAACUUGUUAAAGCAUUAGCAGCACCUCUAGACUUGGAAAAUAUACCUUUGAAAAAGACGUGCAUUUCGUUUCUCUCCAGUACAGACCUCAGCAUUUGUUACUGACAAAGUCAAUAUCAAAGUUCGGCCCCUUUUUGAUUUUGAUUAGUGAAGGAGAGGUGGCACCGAUGAACCCAAUGGUAAUUCAGAAGCUAAACUGUUUUGAACCAAGAGUGCUGUGAGUGUUAGGACAUUUUAGUGUUAAGGAGACUUAGUGCUAAAAAUGUGUGCAGUAAUGUUAUACAAAUAAAAGUUGCUGGUAGCGCAAAAAAAAAAACCCAACUGCAGUGGACAUAGCCCCUAAAGCUGUGAGUGUCAAGUCUUUGUUUUGUUUAAUAUCUGCUUUGAGACUUAUCUUGAGCAUGAUCAAGCUCAGAUCAUAUUGAUCAUUGUGGUGAUAUUUUCUAUACUUUUGUGAGCAAAUGUGUUACAGACAUUAACUCAAACAACAUGAUAAAACAUGCAAGAUGUGUCCAUCCACAGCUCUGUCUGUAGCUGCUCCUAUAACUGAAGAUGCAGUUGGGUUUAAUAUUGUAAUAUACUGUGGCCUCUAUUUUUAUUGGUUAGCCGCGACAAUGUCACUUGAUCCAACCAAAGCCAAGUUAUUAGGCAGAACUUCCACUUUCCUUACUCCCAGCCAAGCAAGUUUUCCCCCACGGCCAAAUCUUCAGAGGUUAAAUCCUGUGUGCGUGCCUGCUUGCAUGUAGUCCAUGUAAUCAAUCUGUUUGUCUUACAACUGUGUGCAUGACGCAGGCUUUUGUUUGUCCAAUUGUGACAUGCAUAGGUGAUUUGGAGGAUGACUAAUAAUGAUGCAAAAAUCUUGCGUCCAUGAAUACGCAUGUGGGUUGUUUUUUUUGUCUUUGUAUGAAUACAGAUCUGUCAUUCUCCUUGUGAGGCCGAACUAGGUCAGAAUUAUGAGGAAAUAUAUUUUCUCUCCCUCGCUUGAGGGCAUAUGUCUCACCUAGUAAGAAUGAUGGAUGCUGAGCAGAUGAUAGAUUCGAGGUAAAGUAUAUCUUGGAAUAUUCCCUCACUUUUGAUGUAGUUCCUGGUUUACCCUUGGAUAGUUUGUUUGACUUUGUUAUCCUAGGAAAGUUAUAUUUGGGGCAUCACCUACAUUCUAAUAAAGCAGCUUCACUCAGUGUUAUAGUUGUCUAGGGCUGCACUUCUGUUGGCCUUAUGUAUGGCCUUGUAUGUAUCCUGUGACCUGUGGUAUAUAGCUCUUUAGCUCUCCAGGCUAUCUAUAAGUAGCUGCUGCAGCUUACCUGUCACUAUUUAUACCUGCAGAUUAACCACCUGUGAUUCAGUGUCACCCGAUACAGUGACCUGACACGUUUUCUGGAAAAGCUCCUCACUUUAGCUUCAGCACAUAGCUCUUGGCAUCAAAGCUGGAGACAACGUUGUGGUGCUGAAUCCAGGAAAAGGGUUUUUUAAUAACAGUAUCCGCAGUAUCCGGGGGGCUUUAAUAACAGUAUCCUUAAAAACAGUAUGGAUACUGUUUUUGUUGACCCCCUUGAACAGUUUUCUUUGAAUGAAAAAAGAAGUAAAAAAAACUGGUGUACUCUCAUACGAAAGUGGCUUCAUGCUCAGGGGGGCUAUAUUUUGAGCUAGUUCCUUUAUAUUUCCCAUCAAUCGGACUGCUGUUUUCAUGGGUCAGCUUUCUGCUGAGCAGCACGACUUUCAGUUGCCCUAGAGUGGCAUGACCCUCACACCACCUCUCAUGAUCCAGCUGUCAGCUGUCCUGAGCUGUAGGGAAAUUACAUGAGUCAUACAGGACAUGGCACAUUUUAAGCCCUGGAGUUGUGACAGUGAACUACAUGAUUAAUAUUUAAAGAUAGCACUUCAUGUGCUUUCAGUGAUCAAUUUAUUCACCUUGAAAGCUUCAACACUUAUUUAUAGGAGCUGAAAUAUGUUUUUCUUUUCAUCCCUAAUAAACCCAAUGGCAUUUUUUUGCACAUUAUUCAAAAACAGCAAAUAUACGGAACAUGGCAUGUUGAAACCAGAACCUUUUUUUAUCUUUGUGAGUCUUGAAUUUACUGUAUUUUAACUUUAUUUAUCUUUUUUAUAUAUUUUAUCUGUUGUGCAGUACUUUGGUAACCUUGUUGUUUUUAAAAUGUUCACUACAGAUAAAGGUGGAUUGGAUUGAAUUGAAUUGAAUGCAUCCAUUCAAGUUUUACCUGGUGUAAAUGUUGUUUAAAUGUCAGGUUAUGUCCUUAAAUCUGCAUGGGGUUCCCUUACAUGAACCCCACUCAUCUGAGGGCCUCAUGCAUGCAGAGGAAGAGCUUGUCUCCCCCUAGUGGCACACUUGUGUCCUACAGUACAGUCGAGGUAUAAGGAUGCAGAGAUUUGAUGAUGAAUUUAUGAGAUAGGUUCCUUUUUCAUAAUGAAGAAUUAUUAAUGAUAUGAUGAGUCACUACAGCAGUUUGUAAUUUCAAAAGAGCAAAGUUAGGCACCCGCUUUACCCCCGAUGAUAAAACUUUCACAGCGUGAAGCAAUUAAGGGAGCAAGCCUCGUUUCAAUCGAGCUCACUUCAAACUUUGAUUCAGCAUGCUGCUGGUGUCAGAUGAAAAAUUCACUUCAUGAAUUUAGAUGCGCCUGGAGGUUUUCGCGGCGGCUUUGAGGAUUGAUUCCCCCAUUUGAAAAGAAUUCCACCUCCUGCCUUUAAAGACCUUUAAAAGCAGAAUAUUUGAUACAUGCAGUGAAUUUAGAGCAGAUUCUUACAGUGUGUUGCCUUGGCUGUGAACCCCAGUGAUUGUUAGCAGUGUUAUGGGCGGGUUUGUACUCGUACCUAUUAUCCCUGGAAAUGUGGCUCACAUGACAGCACAAUGUACGCAGUUAAGAUAGUCAUGCUGAUUGAGCACUCCGGCAAAACUGGUUGCAAAUUUUGUGUGUGUGUGUUUGUGUGUGUAUUUGUGUGUGUACGUGCUUGCGUGCAUGUGUGUGGAAGCUUUUGUGUUCUCUGCAUACCACUGCUUUUUUCCCUCUUCUUCUUUUUUAGAGUUACUUGGAAUGAAGGUGGUACAAAGUGAGGUCACAGGUUCAAAUCCUGGCCACAAUGAAACAGGAGAGGAACAGAAAUAGAAAAGGGAAAGUCCCAACAAUAUCCAGAGAUUUCACUUUUUAUGGACUUGAAGUAUUUUAAACCAAAGCAGGCUUAUAAGAAUGUUGUCUUUUAUUGGGUUUUAUUGGAGUUUAUUUCCAGCUCCAGUAAUGUGUUUCAUUCCCUACACUUUGUUCAUAUCCAGUGCAAAUUACAUUCUUACAUUUCUCCACAGUUUCUCCCUCAGCUUCUCCCAAAAGUCAGUUUCUGAUAUGUUUCUUUCUCCAUCUUUCCUCUAGAGGAUGAUGUCGAUCUAGAGGCCCUGGUGAAUGAUAUGAACUCUUCAUUGGAGAGCCUGUACUCCACCUGCAGUGGUCCGCAGACAGAGUCCACCCCGCUCCUGCACAACGGGCAGACUUCUUCCUCACACCAACACCACCAUCAUCAUCAACAUCAUCAGCAUCACACGCAACAUAACCAGCCUCGGCAGGGUCACUCACACGGUCUAAGUCACGUCUCUCCAGAGCCGCCCUCCUCCUCAUCGUCUGCCGACUCACCACAAAGUGGGCUCAGACGGUCACAGCCCAUGCACAUCCUCGCAGUCAGGUAUUUUAUCAAGUUUGCUUUUUGCAGAUUCUUAACCUGCAAUUUUUCGGUACUUAGAUCAGCUGAAAACUUGAUUGUGUAGCAUCUAAUACACCAGAACUGGAGACAAAAAAACUAAUAAUAUGAUUCCUCAAUGUGCUUGACAAGGUGCAAAAGGAAAAAAAUAUUAGGAAGGCAAAAGAUGAAGACAGUGGGUCUUUGAUAAUUUAAAAGGCGAAAAUGAGAAGGAGCAGGUCUUGUAUGAAUGGAGAGCCACAGCAGCUACAGCAAAGGUUUGAUCACCUUUGGGUUUGACUCUAGUUUUAAGGCACACCUGGGAGCAGCAGAUUUUGGUGCUAAUGAAAGCACAAACAAAAAGAAGUUAGAAAGACCAUUAGAAUAGUAGAUUUCUCAUCUUGGCACAAACAAUACUCCAAUAUUUAAGAAGCUUCAAUAAAGAUACAAAUAACCGUCAUGUACACCGCAAUAACUUCAAAGUCUUUGGUUUACAGGUUCAUACACACACUGAGCCCAUAGAGGAGAAACUCAGGUGAACAUUAAAAUAAAGUUAUUCCUGAUUUAUGGUGACACUGAACCCUGUAAGAUCUAAAAACCCUUUACAAAAAAGAAAAAUAAUAAAAGUAUCUACAUAAACACAAGCUGAAUUGUUUUUUAAACAUUGACAGGGACAACAACGGCACUGAGCUUGAAGAAAACUACUUUUAACCUCAUACAUUUGCACAUGCAAAGCCGAACACACACGCACACACACACACACACAGACACGCACACACAGACCUUCAAACCUUUCUCUUCUGCACACUGAGAAGGAAUCCUCUCACUAUACGCUGUCAUCCCUCCACACCCUCUUGAUAAUUGGGCAUAACAUCUCCUCCCCUCUCCGUAUCUGUAGCCCUUGAAUGACCCGUUCCUCCCUGUCACUCCCUUUUUGUCUCAAACUGCACCAGCAGGAGGAGAAAGGUAAGAAAAUCACACUGUUUUAGUGCAGAAUGCAAACGUCUCUCUCAAUUUGAAGCCAGGCAUCCCAUAUUCUGCUUACUGCAGUUGUUGUACCUUUUUUUGUAUUCGGAAGAAGGAAACAGAAGUAUAGCUGCAAACUUACAGUAGAGAGCUGGUGUCAGCUCUUAUUAUCUGCCUCUGGAGGAUUUGACAGAAACAGAGGAGGGAUGAUCAGGUAGUGGGGUAUUCUGUCUUAUGAGCUCCUUCUCUCUCAAACACACACACACACACACACACUCAUGCGCUCUCACACACUUACACACACACAGACUCAGGCCCUGAAGAUCUUAUUAUUCAGGCCUGACCUCUGGAUAACCCUGUUCUCAAGCUCAGAUGGGACGACAUCAAAAGGCCCGCUCUCUUUUGAACUCACUGGGCUCUACAGAGAGAGUUUGAUAGAAAAAGAAAGAGAAAGAGAGUCUUCUACAGUGAUUCCCUCACUGAGAUCCCCAGCUUUAAUUUCAUAAAAUGACCUGCCCAUUUUUUCGUGAAAAAAUGUUGAAAUCCUGAAAAGUUUAUGAUCAGCUGUCAAAUUAGCGUUCCUCUCCCAGGCGGUACAGUACAUGUGCCUAAUUUAAAAGCUGCUUUAAAGAGAUGUCUUGAUUCAAUAUUGAUGCCUGAUAAAUAUUGCAGAAAAUUAGCCAGCUGGCUGCAGGAGUCUAUGAUUUUCUCUUGCUGGUAGACUGUUCAUUAUCUCUAGAUCAGAUAGAAACAGACAUGAGCAUCGAUACUGUACAGCAAUGCUUUAUUAAUUCCAAUUUUAUUCCUAGCCCAUAUUUCACGUUUGUCAGCGGCUCGGAUUUCAAAGCUCUUUUGUAUCACUUUCAUGAGGCUGAUUCAGGUCAUCACCUCGUGCAUGUGCCAGAAGUACGCUUGACCACAGUAUGACUGAUUUUCUUCUGUUCAGGAGGUUACAGGAGGAGGAGCAGCAGCUGAGAACAUCGUCUCUCCCGGCCAUCCCGAACCCUUUUCCCGAGCUCUGCAGUCCAGCCAGCUCCCCUGUCCUCAGUCCGGGCUCCCUGCCUCCAGGAGAACCCUCCUCUGACAAAUAUGUAAGUCUAACUCAGCGGAGACAAACUUUCAGCAUGUUUCGGGAACUGCGGAAAAAAAACAGUUUUAUCAUUUUCCAGAAGUCAUUUGGACUUUAUAUUUUACUGCACAUUACAAUUAGGUGUGGCAAACCAUGUCACAUGCUUUUCCCUUUGCGAAACAGGAAAUGAGACAUCGUCUGAUACGCAGUUAUUGCAGAUGUUUUGUUCCCUCUCCAUACAGGAACAGAACGUGUUUGGCCAAUAUAAUCCCAAUUAAAAAGAUAAAAUCAAUAUUGGGGAAAAACUUCUGAUUGCAUUUUCAAGCUUUGUUAACUCUACACUCUCUGUUUGCACAGAAACGCUGUGUAUUAUCAUCACAGAGAGAGUAAUUUUUGUGCUAAUUUUAAUGAUACUGAUGCGUACACCACAUUUGUGCAGCAGCCAUAAUCCUCUGACUCAUACUGAGGGUGGGAAGUUCAUAUGAUGUUGUAACAAGUACAGUACUUCAGUUUUCCAGCUGUUUAAGUUUGGGGUAUCUAACAAAACAGAGUCAUUGAACGGUUUCACAGUAGAUUGACAACUGAGAUUUAACAUCCUAAAAGAUGUCUGCCCAUACUUAAAAGUAAACAUCAUACUUGAUAGGCCAUGUACUACUUGUUGACAAUGCCUAGUUGUAGUUAACCUUUCCUAUUGUACUGCAUAAAACAAACAAAAAAAAUACAGCUUCUUUGACCUCCUAGCUAGAAACAAGCCAGUUAGUGGCUUGAUAUUAAUGUGAGCUGCUUUCCGAUGCAACUAAUGGUUCAUCCCAUGUUGCUUUAUUGAUACAUAGGUUUCCCUUUAUGUUUAGAUCUCUGACUUUAUAUUAUGUUGAUGAGCAGUCUAGACAGAGCACAAUACCUUCUUUCACACAUGCACCGCACUCCUGAAAAUUUCCAGACUUUAUCCAGAUGGGCUGCAUGUGUGAGCACAUAUGGCUAAAUUUUUCACCCCAACUUCAUCUGGACUUUUUGCUGCCAGCCCCCCUGAUAAGACUUCAGCUAGAAAUCACAGCAAGUUUGCACAUGAACUCUGCAGGAAAACAUCAAUGAAUUCACUGCAAGGUAGUGAGAGGUGAGAUAAUGAUAGUUGCUGCUUGCUUUGUUGUCUGAAUUAUAUUUUCUACGGUUGUGUUUGUCUCAGUAACAUAAAUCUACAGACCGUCACAAUUACCAAAGAUAAAGAUUCUGCCUGAGCUAAAGUGCCGUUACCCCUAUCCUAAACCAUGGGUAAUAUGUCUGAUGGAGAAUACCUUCUAUUUUAUGCUCCAAUAAUUAUAGCAAUCGGAAAUUAUCUAGGAACUGUAAGUUAAUUUGUCAUAUACUUGGAAAUGAUACAAGUUACAACCUGGAAGCCACAGUUAUGGCAUUAUGGCAGUGUGAUAGUUUCCCACCUUGAGCAUGUCUUCAGGGGACAACAGCUGGCCUGUUUGGGGCAAGUGUCGGACAUGGCUAGAUUAUAUAUGUAACACAUCUGUGCCACUCAAAAUAUAUAUAUUUCUAAAGACUGCCUCACAAUAGGCUCUGAACUCAGCUUCUUUAGUAGUGAACUGUGUGUUGGACAGAGGCAGUCUGGAAUUUUUCCCUGCCAUCCAUGAGCCCCAUGUUUUGCUCAUGUGAGGCAUGUUGAUUGCUUGCAUGUGAUCCCACUGUGCUGUAAAGUUCAUGUGUGCUCAAAGGGUUUGCGGCUUUGUCUGAAAAAAAGAAAAGAAAAAAAAAACUGAGGUGAAGAGUGGAAGAGCAGGCACUACAUAUGUGUGGGUACCUGCAGAUAGCACACAUGGCUGCAGUUCUCUCAGCCUGUUUACAUUAGUGUCUUCAUUUGUUGAAGAAGAUUUAGAGACAAGUCUGUCUAUUCCUGGAAGUCAGAGUCCCUCUAUCGUCACUUUUAAUGAUCUUCAAAUGGGGCCAGCCAAUGCAAGUUACAGUAACAUACUGGCUUACAGUAAUGCGAGGGCGGACUAUUUCUCAUAAAUACUCUCCUGGCUGUGAUCCUAGCCUGGUCUGGUCAUGGCUCUUAUAGAGAGAGAUCCCAAACGGCCAAACACAUGAGUUUAAGACAGCAUGCUGUGUCUCUCUUUUUUUUUUUUUUUAGACAUCAGCUCAUAAAUCACUUGAUGAACUGAUGAAUCUGUGGCAUCCAGUCAAUGCUUUAAGAGAUGGGAAGUUUUGGCUUUGAAUUUCCAUGUGUGACAUAAAUAAAUCUUCAAAUAUUUAAAGUUGGAUGAAGACAUGAGAGGUUAAAUUUCUUUUAGAGCUUACGAGUGGGAAAGUUGUUUCUUGCUCUGUGGGAAAGUCCUAAGCUUGAAUUACUGGCUACAGCAUAAAUUCAACACUUGUGGUAAAUGUUAGUUCAUACGGUAAAUAGGUCAAAGAUUAAUGUCAGACUAAGUGGUUUUGAGUUCUGCAUUGAAUUACAAGCUGUGAUAUAACCCUCUGGCUCUGUUCAAGUAAAACAGGCGGGACUAGUUAAUAUUUAGCAAAAAAAAAAAAAAAAGAUUUUACAAGGCUGGGUGAAAUGCGCGAGAUGGGAAUACUGUUAGUUUUUGAAUUCCCAGACGGCCUGUUAAGAGUGCAGCAUGAGAGUAGGAAGUGGAGCAAGGGUGUGAAGGAGGUGUAGGGUAAAGACAAGCCGUGGAGGUAGAUUACUUCGAUGAACAUGAAGAAUUUUUUGUCAUACUGUGACGAAGGCUAGUAAAUAUGGUUACAGGUCUUUCAGUCUCUGCUUUUUUCAGCCAUUUAGGAGACACACAAUCUAUGUCUGACACUGAUUAUAGUUAUGGCUCCAGUUCAUCGCUCUCUUUGUCAGAUUUUCAUCUUGAGCCAAGUCCUUUCUUCAGUAUGAAUUAAUCUAUUUUUGUUCUCAGACCUUCACAUGUCUGCACACUGAGAUUACUGAAAAUGUUUGUAUAUUCAUGACUAUUCUGAACUUAAUAUAAUAUUUUUGUUCCCUCUUUGGUUGAACAGAAAUGUCUUAUUAUGUCACUAGCAUUUUUUUUUUUACAAAAUAGAGGCAACCCUACAUGCUUACCCAGUGUCACAGAAUGAAUUAAGAGGGAAAAGCCAGUUUGACUAGUUUUCCUUGGCAAUGUCCCUUUAAGCUCCUGCAGUAAGAAAGAGCGGAGGAAAAUCUAAUUUCUCUUCAUGUUUACCAUGCUCAAACAGUGUGCACCCUCAUGUAAACUCAUGUGAAUGUGCUUUGUGCACUGUCCGCCCAUGCAUGCUGGUCUGUUUGUUUUUUAAGAUGCAUGUGUGUUUGUGUGUUUGUCUUUGGGAGUUCUGUAAACUAUUUACAGCACUGGCAGUGUCUAUCCAUUGUUGAUGGCAAUGGAAAAUAUGUCUCAUUGUGGUUAUUCCUCAGUGGAAAUUCAAUUCAGCACCUUUCCACUGAGAGAAAAAAAAAAAAACCCUCCUGCAGAGGCAUCUCAUCACACACAUGUGCUUUGGGGUCCAGAGGCAUGCAGACCUCUGGUAACGAGAUUUACUCGCAAACACAUAUUCCUCCCUCGAGUGGUUUAGCUAUGAGGAGGAGUGGGUGAUCUGUUUAGAGGUACAUCAAGUGCUAUAGUGGGCUGUUCAAUUAUUGCUCUAACUGUUAUCAUUUCAACCACAUGUGCUCUGUUUUAUUCCAGUUUUUUUUUUGUUUCUCUUUGUAUCCCCUCUCUCUGCAGCUCAGUCUGCCAGCCUGCUGGUGAGAAGUUUUUCUGUUUAGUUUACUGAAUUUUCCGACCUCCAGGCGCUUUCUGACAGACUCUCGUACUUGUGUCCCUCUGUUCCUUCUUACCUCAGAACUUGGCCUCAGUGCUGGAGGCGUGAGGACGCUGUGCUGGGCUGUCAGGAAUCACUGGGUACUCUAUUUAACACAGACAUAUGAUUCCCAAUUACCUCACUUUCCUCUGCUCUUCUCUCUCUGGUGUCAUUCUCCAUCCCUGCAGUUUUACCUUUUUUUCUCUCUGGUUUGUUUCUUAAAGCCACUGUGAAAAAAAACUGACUGUUAAAGAGAGCAGGAGGACUUUUUUUGUCAGAAAAUACAGCAUCUGCAGGACAUGAUUGGCAGAGAAAUGAAAGGGAUUGCAUUACCCAUAGGGGGCGCCAUAAUCAACCCAAGCUGAAAGUUCUUCACAGGAGCUUUAAGUUGCACUUUUUGAAAGAGACACACAAGAGUCAAACUGUUUGAAUCUUUAUCAAUGGUUUGGUAUUUACACAAAGUAAUAAUAUACUUUUCAGGAGACGCUUCAGAAGUCUUAUUGAAACGAAGCCAAACAUCUGAUAUUUUGAUUAGAACUGUUGCCCUGGAAGUGUAGCUUGGAUGAAGCACAGAAAACUAAAUCACAAUGAGUAAAUCUGCAUAGUUAAAAAACAGCGUGAUGAUUAAGAACAUCAAACUGGGAAGCUACCAUCUGUGAGCACUGGCUACAGUCCAGUGUGGUAUGUGUGAAAGCAUGCACAGAUUUGUACAAAACCUUAACUAAACUGACUUCCUGUUCCUGCUAAAGGGUACCACAAACAUAAUCUUUGUUGAAUGUAAAUCUAAAUCUACAAACAUCUUUCCAUAUACAGCCAAAGGGGUCUAAAGCAAGCACUACAAGCACGCCACUCUUAUGAAAAUAGUGGGAGCUUGUCAAGUGUAAUCCAUGUCGUGCAAUGGGGAAACCUAUAAGAAGCCUUAAAUGCGAGGCAGUUAACUUGUAUAUCCAUUAAUUUUCUCAGGCCGGGGUUGUGACAGUCUGUCCUCAGUGGUGCCACAGAGAGUGCUGUUAUGUUCUUAUUCGGACACUGUGUUCCCAGGGCAGCCCCAGUCCUGCUAGUGUGGGAACACUGAUUUUGAUCACUGGGUUGCCAGAUUUUGCUGGAUUUACUGUACUUGGACUGGAUGUCCUGCAGCUCACUGGGCUCAAUGGUAUGGCAGGAUCCCCACACCCUGUCUGGAUUUCAUUAUCCCCCCAUUGGUCCAUCUAUCUCUCUUUGUCUCCAACUGUAUGCCAGUGUAUAUCUUUCUGUCUGUCACAAGGUUUCCAUCAGUCAUCCUUCCAGUCUCUGUCCUUUACCUCAAACUUUAAGUUCAGUAAAAAGUCCUCCUCAUUGGAGUGAGCAGGAGUUCUGUGCAGAGUCUGUGAGGCAGUUCAGUUCAUCACAUGAAUACUCAUUCACACAUGAUGAAGUAAGACUCCCAAAAUAGUGCAUGGUGUCAGACAAGCAGUGAGGUUGUGUUGGCACUAAUAAUGUUAGCAAAUGGGCUGUUAGUGCACAUUGCCAGCAUCCUUUUUCAGUCGCACAAGUCAUACUCAAAAAGUGCUGCUAUUUCCUCCAGAAGCACACGUUGUUCCAACUUCCGAACAGUUAUGACAUCUUUGUGUUUUCGACAGGAGGUGAUUUAAAAAACGUAAAAUAACGUGCUGUCCAGGGAUCAUAUUGUGACAAUUAUACAAAUUUUCACUGUACCAAGAUAUGCAGCUCAGGAUAAGCAAUUUAAUGUGAAAAACACAUUUUUCAAAAGUACUACAACUAGGGUGUAAGUUCAGCUGUAUCAUUGAUUGAUUAUUUUGGUGAUCGGUGUGCUCUGCGUUGAUUUUGUCCUAAAUCACAACAUUGGAACAAUGAUGACAAAUAUGAUUUAUCCUUAAAUGAAGAAGCCCGGACAAAAGCUUUUUUUUUUCAUCAAAAUAUUUAUUGAGUUUUAUACGUGUUUAUACUAAAACACUGGAAAACAAGAGUGCCUUAGAAGACAGACACCACAAAACAAUCAACAAGCUGCUUCUCAGACUAAGGGCCGUAUUCAGGAUGGAUUAAUGUUCAUGUAGAAAAUAGAAAACAAACAAAUGAGUUCAAACAUUUCAAAGUUCUCAGAGUAUUUUUUGAGGUAUCUGUGUUGUAUUUCUGUUUUCCUUUUCUCAUGAAUGUCACUCUUUUUUGCAGUAAUAUGUCCAGCCUGGUGUUUAAUAAUUGGUCUGUUCAUAUUUUUUCAAGAAUAUACUAAUUGAUCUUCUUGCAUGUAGGAGACACAUGUCUAUUAUCAGCAGAUCCGUUUUUGUAAAAGUAUUAUUUUUCGUGUAUAACCCCAAGCUAAAAAGUGCUGUAUCCAUAGCAACAGCUUCCAGUAUAAUCCUCUCUAACUUUCCUUUAACCCCAUACAAAAAACUUUUAAUUUUACAACAUUGCCAAACAAAGUGAAACAAUGUCCUUCCCUCAUUCAGGCAUUUGUUACAAAAAUAUUUAUUUAGUUUAACUGGUAUGAUAUAUGUUCUCAUUGUUCAUUAGUACUCAAGUAAUCUUUGUCAGCUAUUACCUGAUUGAGUUUGGACCUUUUCACAGAUUGUUUUCCAGUUCUCUGAUGUUAUAUCCAUUUAUAGGUCUUUCCACUGACAAAAACUUUUUUUACUUGAAAAAUGAUUAAACCAAAUAAUUGUUUAUGACAAGAAAUGAGAAUGAGUUUUCUUCUGAUUGAAAAUCUAUCCAGUGAUCAGUACAGCUCUCUCUAACCUUUUACUCUCUCAAAUACCCUCAGCAUAAUAGGUAAAAGUGCAUCUAAUUGUGGGCGCACCGUGAGGCAUUUAUCUUAAUUUCCUGUAAGAUAAAGUAAAGCAUGAUGAUGUAAAGCAGUCGACAUCCCUAUCAGUAUCUGUUUCUGUUUAUUUUUCUAUUCUUAAUGUAUUCCUGGAACCUGCUGAACCACAGAGUCCCUUAAGGGAUCAUUUACAUUUGCUCUAAUGAUGGUGAUGCUGAUCACUCUCUGCCUCAUCCCCCCUUUCUUCACCCCUGUCUCUGUCUCUCUCUCUCCCUCUCUAUGUCUCUCUCUCUUUCUCUCUCCCUCUCUCAUUCUGUCUCUGCGUGACUUUGCCUCUUGUUGAGUCAGCCAGGCUUCAAAGCUGAGACGCCUCCUUAUCAAAAUAGUCUUUUUUUUUUGAGUGCUGCCUGUAUCAAGUGUAAUGUAACUGAAGUAUCAUUUAAAUCACGAGCUCACCUUGUUAGCAGCCUUAAGAUCAGUUUGUAGAACCGUGUGACCUGUUUCUAAAUAAAUCUGGUGUGAAUAAAGUAACAGGGAAGGUGAGAUGCAGUAAUGUGACAGACAGCAGACUGUCUCCCUUCAAAGUUCAAGCAGCUGACACGCUGUGAAAUAUCAUCAUCAUCAUCAUCAUCAUCAUCAUGCUGCGAGAUCAUCAUGUUACACUCCCUUACUCAUAAAGCUGAUAAACCUCUUAUUUUUACCUUUAUAGAUAGCAAAGUUUAUGAAAAUUUAAAAAAAUGAGGAUGGAUAGUUUUAGUUCAUGAAGGUACAUGACAAGUUAUUUAUGUUUUGGUUGUAUAUUUUUCACAGACUUUAACCCCCUACAAGGACAAAACAUGCAAACAAAGAGUGGCUAAUUCAGCCUUUAAAGUGCUCUCUGCCUGAGCAUUUAUCAGUAGUCACAUUCGAGCUCACUUCACUGACAUGAGUUUGAAAACAUCGUUAUUUUUAGCUCCAUUUUGGCUCCAAAACCAACCAGUCUCCAGCUGCUAAAUGCUUUCCUUUAUUAUUUGGAUCAAUUCUAACUUUGUCUGCCUGAUUAUAGUGCUGUAGUGGCACUUUUUUAAAAUCUAUUUUGGGACAUUUUGUCAGUAAAGAUGUGCAAAGGCUGCCAAUAAAACUAAAAUGAAGUAAGAUAGCUCAGAUGAUGCUGAGGGUUUGUCCCUGUGAGUAAAACCGCAACAUUUCAAGAUUUAUAGCUUCUGUCAUUUACAAGGAGUAAUGUCUUAUAGGCAGGUUGCUCUACAACCUAGUCACCAUGUGUUUAUUCCUCUUAUUACACAGUGAUUUACUCAAGAACCAAAUAAUGAAAAUGAUUUUAUUAGCUCGAUUAGCUUGUUGCAUAUACAGCUUGACCUGGUUACAUAGCAGAAGUUACCCUGUAGCCUUGAAAUGAGCUAAUCUAGCUGUUAAACAUUUCCACUGAAAAAGAGGAAGGAAAAUAAGGUGACCUGGUCAGUGCAAAUCAGUGCAGCACCCAAUUGAAUUUAUUUGCUUGUCACUGUCAAAGUCAGUCCCCCCUUUUUUUCACUUAUUAGCUAACACAGCAUUAUUCCUUCCCUGGUUUACAACGUGAUCACUUUGCUAUUUUUAUGUCUUUUAACAUCUUAACAGAAUUUUUUUUCCUUGUUUUACUUUUCCCAUAGGAAACAGACAAACUCCAUAUUGCAUGGUCCAUAAAUACAGUCAGUCCUCCAGAGUCUGUGACUAGAGCUGUGUCCAUAGCAACAGUCAAGUUCUUCGUAGCAACGGUAUUUCAUGAUUAGCAGAGCAUUAUUUGACAUAAUUAGCCCAACAGAAUCAAGGAAUCAGGACCAUGGAAUAAAUGAGGAUAACAGCUGAAGCAGAUUCAAAUGAGAAAUGAUCCAAACUGCUUUUGGUUUUACACAUUACGAAUUAAACAAUUGACUAAAAUGAUCCUCCACAAAAAUGACUAAAACCAUUAAUUUUAGCUGCUGAGAGAAAGACUAUUUUGUGGGAAAUCGACUACAAAAACCUUGUUCUUGAAUGAUGGGCAUUGAUCCGUCACUUCUCCUCUAGCUCUGCUGAAACAUGACAUUCCUCAUCUGCCUUCUGACUCAGUGUUAGAUAUACUCUGUGCCAAAGGUCAGAUUUUUCCACUGUAAACAGAAAAGCGGAGUGGAAUGCUGUCGAUGCCCAAACUCUUGGCCUCAAUGUGUGGAAACAUCUGUGAGGGUGUGCACCAGUAUGUGUAUUUAAAGUAAAGGUGUGUUUAUGAGGAGGAUCAGAAUUGUUUAUUGUGUGAGCUUAAUGUCUGUAUGUUAGUCUUUGCAAGCAGGCAGGCAUACUUAUGUCUGCAUUGUGCAUAUACAGUAUGAGUGUAAGGGCAUAUGAGGGUAUGUGUAUAAGUGGCCUUUUAUUGUUGGAUUGAUAUGGUUUGCAGGCUGUGCUGUGCCAGAUUGGAAGUGAUACUGCAUAUGUGCAUAUGUGCUAGCUCACUCUUACUGCAGCUUUUAAAUGGAUUUUAAAUUAAAUACAAAUACACACAGAAUUAACAACUAAUCAUGUUUAUGUGAAGGGCAUAUGUGUUGUUUGCAUGUGUGCAAUUAGUACUAUUUAUGCUACUUGGGUUGUUUAUUUCUGUGCGAUUAUUUGCAACUUACGCGGAUGUUAAUAUUGUGCUGAUUUUGUGACUCUGCUUGUGUAUUUGAUUCAAGUCUGCGUAUUCACCUCAUUUUUCCUAACAUGAAAUUUGGUUUCCGAACACACUGACAUUCUCAAACACACACUUGCAUCAUUGCAUGUUAUCUGUUAUUUUUUGUGGCAAAGGUAAAGAGGGCAUGCAUGCCAAAUGUCUCUCUCUCACUCAAGCAAACACACACAGACACAGACACUCACAAAUAUUAUCAAGUGACUGAGGGGAUUUGCAGUUUCCAGUUCUGUGAAAUACAAAUUGUUUGGCUGCUUGAGAAUAAGUGUAACUGAGAGAAGAGACAGACAGGUUGUGGUCAAGUCUGGAACAUGUCAUGUGUCAGAGCCAUAUUUAUCCCUCUCUGCUAAAUGGAAACAUGCCUGGACCUGCUACUGCCACACACACACGCACACAUACACAUACACAACCAGGCACACACAUGGUCUGUUUGAUAAUAAGCAAGGCUGUAAUGAUUAAUCUCAGUUAUAGACCAGUUUGAAUAAAAACUAUUUUAAACUGGAUGAAACCACAAGGGAAUGAAUUCAAACUCAUACCACACACAGGGACCUUUUUGGUUAUGUGUAAUUUGUCCCAUAAUUAAGAUUAUCCAAACUGAACUUAUAUUGAGGCGGACUUUUGGAGUUCUACAUAUGCAAGUUGUCAGACACAAAAUCUCUCUUAAAAAUUAUCCGGUUACAUGCUAAAUUAAUUUGCAUGCUUCCAGUAAAAAUAGGUCAGUGUGACAGCAACCGCCAAGCCAUCUGCAGCCAACAUCAAACAGCUACUCUGUGGUAGAAAACUGCAUGUGAUCAUAGCCCUGAGCCAAUUAAAAGCAGCAGUGUAAAGGCCUAAAUUUGACAUCUAAAAUGGGAUCCAGCUUUGGUGAUUAUGCAUAAAAGCAUAAGAAACAGAUCUCAGAGCUGUUUUGAUUUUUAAGAUGAACACUGACAAAGCAUAGGAAAGAUACAAGAACUCAGUCAGAUGAAUUUUAAAGGCUGUCCCUAAUAGUUUGAAUUUACAAGCAGGACGACCCCCAAACAGCUCUAAUUUGACUGUGAUAUCUGCUUUUUUCUUGUAUUUUGCACAGAAAAUGAAGGGCAAACAGCAGGUUGAAGCUGAAAAGGUCUUAGUCUUGUAGCAGGAGCACUUAAGCGACAUACAGUCAGAGCCUACAGAAGCCUACUGAUUUUACUACAAGUUAAGAAUGUGACUGAACCAGAAAAACACUAAACAGGUCAUUUUUGCCCCCCCACCCCAAAAAAAAUUGUUUCUGUAAUUUUCCUCCAUGGUAUAUCAAUAUAUCUGUUAGGUUUUAAUCAGAUUUUCUCAUGUUCAAGUUUUUGGCAAAAGACAAAUCAUCAGCAAAUAUCUUCUCAUCUCUUUGACCAAAUACCUUGCAGUUAAAACCAGUUUUAUGAUAUAAAUCAGUCUCUGAGGCUCUAUCUUGGUGUUUUGGGUCCUACAAGCUUGGCUGUUGCUUACUCCCUAGUUUAAGUGCCUCAUCCAGAUACAGAUAUGUUUCUGUAUACAAAAAAAAUGUUACUUGACCCAAGUACAGAGAAAAUAAUCAGCUGGGAAUGUUUCAUGUUAAAUUUAUAUAGUCAGAUUUCAUGGAAAACUGAUAAAACCUUUGACUCAUGUAGGCUGACUAAGACAUCAGUUAUGGCCUUAAAUCAAUAAGACAACGCUCUGUAUUGAAUUGCCCAGCUCAAGUGUGUCCAAUGUAGUUAAGUCUUAAAAUGUUUACUUGACAUGUUUCAGCAAGACCAUUGUUAUAUUAUUUAGAAAAUACAAACAUCAAAUUAAUUAUGAGUUUACUUUACAGCUGUUUCAGUAUUGAACAAGAUAAUGUAGGUGGUCAGUGAAGUAGGUACCUCCCUACGCAGAGGCUACAGUCCUCUAAGAACUGGGAAAUUCAAAAUCUGACUGUAUGUAAAUUUAACAUGAAACAUUCCCAGCCUAGAAAAGGCUUCUCUCUCUUCCCCACAUUAUCAAUCUCUCUUGAGGCUCUCCAUCCUAUCUAACAUAAAAACCGAAAGAAUAAACAUAAAAAAAAUACAAGUAAAGUAAAUACAAGUUGUGUGAAACCAGAAGCAUUUCCACAACUGAGUUUAUGUGUACUCAUAUACGUAUAUUAUGACUUCAGACUGCCAAUUUUGUCUGCUUGGAAAUGCUUCAUCAGAACAGAGUUAAGGAUUGUAUUUUUAACAUUGCAUGUUUUUCAUCAUCAUCUUCUAGGCUUCUUUCUUCAUUAAACUUAACUGAAUUAUUUUCUUCUAAAAAUGAGACAGGAGGACCACCCAGGUUCAGUGGAUGAUCCACCUUUAAUGGUCCAUCCCUCUUUGUCCCAAAAGGCAGACAGUGUAAGAAUAGAAGCUACAACUUUCACCCUCCUAAUAGAGCAGGAUCCCAUUACUCCUGCAGCUAAUAGGAAUCCCUGAUAGUGUUUGCUCUCUCCUCUGUCUCUGUAUUUUAGAUAGUCAGAGUAUCAAAUGUGAGUGCUGGUGCAUUUAUCUUCCCCUGGCAGACUACUGAUCCCUGCACAGCAAUGUUGUUGUUAAAAGUCUUUUUAUCACAGUAGAAACAAUUAGAUCGGAUAAAAUGUAUUCAGUGUCUCCAUGCACUUUUAGACACAUGUGUCUGAGUUUGAGUGUCCAUGUGUUUCACAAAGAGAGCAAUGUGUUGCUGCCUGUAGGCAUUUCAUCUGGCCAAAGCUGAAGAGAGCUGCUGGACUCAUGUAGGUCAUGGAGACUGCAUCUCCUGCUCCCUCCUUCUCUCUCUCUCUCUCUCUCUCUCUCUCUCUCUCUCUCUCUCUCUCUCUCUCUCUCUCUCUCUCUCUCUCUCUCUCUCUCUCUCUCUCUCUCUCUCUCUCUCUCUCUCUCUCUCUCUCUCUCUGGGAAAGUAGGACAGCUCAGAUUUCUGAAGCUGCUGCUGUGAAAGUCAGGAAUGACAGAAAGACGAAAAAGCAGGAGGCGAACGAAUAAGAAGACUUGAAAAGACCACUCAAAUCAGCCAUAAUUUAGUUCAUCAUUUAUCUGAUCUAAAAGUUGUUCAGUCUGAACGUGAAGAGACUUUCCUAGUCAUACGUUUCUUCACUGGCUGAUUUUGUCUACUUACUGAACAAUAACAGAGCGGACAGAGCACUUGAAGAUGAAACACUUUUGGUAACAAUGAAAACAGCCAGUUUACUGACACAUAAAGGAAAAAAAUAUUGUUGGAAAUUUGGCCUCAGCCUUCAAAGUUUUGAUAUCAAAGAACAUGUUUGAAAGCUUUGAAGACCCUUCAGUGGAAUGUGAGACAAAGACAGACAAGCGACUGGACUCAGAGAGCUGGCAUUGGCAUCUGUGUCAGGAGAGAGAGAGAGAGGCAGAGAGACACUGUGAUCUUGGCAUCUCCAGAGAAAACUCUCUGUUUGGGGACAGUUUGUACAGAGCUGCAGGACGUACUGUGAUUUCUCUGAACGGGAAAUGACUGUUAGCAGUCGCCUGUGAUGCUGGUAGUGCACUUUACACCCACAAGGCACAAGGACCUUUAGGUGUUUCCAUUCAUAUUUUACUGCCCUUUUCUCUUUUUUCCUUUUAACAUAAAUCAUUUCUCUUUCUUCUAUUAUUCUUUAUCCUUAUAAUUUCUUUAGAAGCCGUCAGUCACAGAAUAAUUUUAAUUAAGUUCUUGUGCAACCAGUGACCCUCUUUUUGUGGAAAAAACAGAACAAAAAUGUCUCUUAUCGUGACAAAAACCUCAGCUAGUUCUACUGCACAAAAUAGCCUAUGUUUGCUGUACAACCGGUGGACCAUUUCCAGUAUAUUUCCAAAAUCAUGCCAGUGAUGUCACUCUGAGUUUGUCCAAUCACAUUUCCCGCCCCCCUCCCUCUGCCCUCCUGCUGUAAUUGGACAAUGGCUCCAAAUCAGUACUGGUCUGAAAGGACAUUUGCUGCCUGGGGUUUGCUGGCAAUCAGCCCUGGUGCACAAUUAAGCAUCCGCCCCCACUUUUACUCCUGUUGGUAAAAUAUUUGGCUCCAUGCGGGGCCUUUCUCAGCAGGUAGUGACAGUAAAUAGAGGAGAGACUGUACUAGUUGGUGUUAAGGAAGUACUCGUAUUUACAAAACCAGUUUAAGUAAACACUGACAUGUUAUGCUUUUCAUCACAAUGGUGAUAUUGUAAAAAAAUGGGAUGGUCUGGUCUAGAUUAAAUGAACACAAAUAAAUGUCACCCAGAAACAAUGGUCCCCUGGAGUAAUGUAGGAGGACUGUUUGACUCCAAAGAAAAUUACUCCAUCAAAAUUAAAACAAGCUUAUGUGAAGCUUUAUUUUUCUAUGGAAGCCUCAAAAAGGGCAUAAUUAAAUGAUUUUAUUCCUCUGUUUUUUUUUAGAUUUUAAGUUAAUUUUCUCAUGAUCUUGAGAGAACAAUGUUUUUACAGCGUGGUCUGGCUUAAGGGGGUCUUGGGGCAGCUGUAGCUUAGUUGGUAGAGCCAGUCAUCUCCCACUUGGAAGGUUGAGGGUUCCAUCUCAGUGCUGUCCGCAUGCCCGCUGGCUGUGCUCAGACAUGUGUGAAUCAAAAAAACUGAUGGACUAUACUUAGCAGUCUCUGACAUUAGUGUGUGAAUGUGACAUGUGAUAUAAAGUGCUUUGAGUUCCACUGUACAUGACUCUGUAUUCUUGGUGUUCACUGGGCAUGUUUCCCGCCUACGUUCCUCUCUAUACCAUCCCUCACUCUCACCGCCAGAAAAUUAACUAGAAAUCUUGAGAGAAACUAUUGAUAUUGACUCGUUAUCACAACAAAGCAAGGAAAGAAAAUACAAUAAAUCAUGUCCUUUUGGGGCUUUCGUAAUUUUCUGUUCAUGUUUUUAUACCUUUAAUUAAUUAAAUUGGAAAACCAACGUCCAAUCUGUUGAAAUAUUCAAAGUUGUAUUGAAGUCUCAUUAAAAGUACUUGCGUUAGUUACAGGAGAUGCUGGUCAGCUGGGCCCUUUUAUUAUGAAAGCAGGACUGUUGUGGAAGCAAGGCUGUGGACCAAAAAAACAAAUGCUAAAGUCAAUGUAAGUUCAAAGUUCAAUGUAGGUUUGAGGUUUAAUUUACUGCCAUUCAAACAUGAAGGACUGAAAUGAGUUACUCAGGGUCAUCAGCGUGAAGCUGGGAAGCUGUUGCACUGUUGUGCGCCGCCAACAUGGACACGCUCCAUUUGUGAAUUUUUCUGCGCUGAACUUUGCCUUCAAACAGCCCCUUUGACUUAGAUUAAAUGUCUUUGUACUCUUUUCAAAACAGAUACACGUUUCUCCGACUGCAGCACACUGAUCAGCUGUUUCAGUCUGCAGACAGUGCGACGCAAACCACUAUGUUAAGGAUAAUUAUUUUUAUUAUUUGCUUUCACUGAUGUUUGUUGAUAUAAAGUUUUAUGCAGUAGAUUGAUUGACAGGUGAAAGUCCAUCAUAAAGCACUGGGUUGAACUAAAUCAGACAUUUAAACCAGACUUAUCAGUUGGCCUUUAGGUAAUCAUGACACUCCAUUCAACCUGAAAUAGACUUUCGACUUCUUUUCUACUGUAGGAUUCCUGAUAUUCAUUCUUUUGUGGUCACUAUAAUGUAUAUGUCUUUAAAUAAAAUGUUUCAUGGCCUUUCUAGGAGUCUGACCUAAAUUUGUGCUACUGGACCUCCAUUGCUAAUUAAAUUUGACCCCGGCUCAGCUCCAAAAUUUUCCAACCUUCAACUUUGUGAUCCUGAGUGGGUGUUAGGACUCUAUUAUCCCUCACAGACAGAGCAGGCUCUGUGGGCUAACUAACUACCCAAUAUACAGUGUACGGUCUAAUGCAUGGCUGCACAGGGUCAGAGAUGGCAGCCUUCCACUGUACAUGACUCUGUAUUGUUGGUGUUCACUGGGCGUCUUUCCCGCCUACGUUUCUCUCUAUACCAUCCCUCACCCCUCCCUCCCUCUGUCCCCUGCCCACCAAAUCCCUUUCUGCCUUCUUUUGCUUCACUGAGCCCAGAUAGGCCUUUAUGUCUUGGGUCUUAAUUUGACGCGGUAAUUGGAUGACAAGGGACAGUUCACCGUCCCUUCCUCAUGAGUCAGCAGAGUUUUCUUGGCUAGCGCCUCCCACCUCUGCUGACUACAGGCGCUGAGCGGGUACAGCCAAUUGUCCGAGGCCCAUUCAGGUUCUUUUUGUGUCUCCAUCUCAUCAUCCGGAUGCCAGCUUCCAGGGGGCGGCUGAGACCACACACAGCCCCACAUUACAGUCAGAGGGGCUUUAUAGAGGGCACUUGUUAAUGGGAAUUUGAAGCAGGGGUGGGUCGUGUGAGCUAAAUCAGCUUAUCAAUGGCCACAGUUCUUUUUUGGCAAGACGUAAAGAGGUUUUGUAGGGCAGCGAUGGAACAGAUAAAGCUAAAAGUGGACAGUGUAGGGGUUUGUCUUGGCAAGACUGAUGACCUGCUAAAAGCCAGGGCCUUGUAAGUAUUUUAUAUAGAAGACAAGUAAAUCCCUGUGCAAUAAAUCUGUGCAAAGCCUGGACAAUGCUGUAUUGUUUUUGAUUUUAAAAAAGUCAGAAGACAUCUAAAACUAGAUCGAAAAAUGUCAAGGUCGUGUAGAUUUUCCACUCUGGACUCAACUGGGUAUGUUCCAGUGGGUUCUGUUGGAGGAACUAGUCUUGCUCGAUAACAAAAUUUAGUUUUUCUUCAGGACUCCUUUAUAUCAUGUUAUGCUGCCAUAAGUAAAUCAAAAGUUCUAUGAAAUUAAACCAGCCUAUGUUGUUUUUAUCUUUAUAUUUACCUAGUGAGUUUACUGUUUGAGCUUGAUACUCUUUUUCUCACAAAAUAUCGUUUGUACUGCUACCAAAAAGCAUAACCAAUUGGAUGUUGUGAUCUUGGAAUGGAGAGGUCCUCCAAAGGGCUGUGGUUAAGGUUAGAGUACACCAUAAUUGUCUGCAGUAUAGCCUGUAGGCUUAACUCAGGGCAAGAAAGUCCCUUGCAUGCAUGUUAAUCAGACAGAAUUCCCCUCUUGUUUCGAUAUUCCAGGAAGAGUUGGGAGUCAACACAGGGUGGAGUUUUGCAUAUCUGGCUUGUCCGCAAGCUGACACACCAACAUUUCUUUGUGAUAUAAGUGACGAGGAGUCUUAUGAUACAUUGUCACUGCCUUUUAACCAUCACUUACUUUCUUCUCUCUGGGUUUCCUCCCUUUUUAAACAGCUUCAAACUGCCUGCUUGUAAUGGAUCCUAAAGUGUGUGGGGGCUUGCAUGCCUAAUGGCUAAUAGUCUUUUUAGGAUGGUAAUCUCCCACAGUAACUCCUAUCUGAUGUAAUGGCCUGUAAUGUGUACGUAAUGCCAGUAGGACUAUUUAUAGUGCGGGAGCCAAUUCUCAGAGAGAUGGAUGCGUGUGAGUUGUUGGGUGUGCACACACAUGCUUAUGUACAUACUCAAGUUUGCACAAAGCACGUUCUCACACAGAGCAGUUUACUUUCUUUUUGUCUCAUUGAGCCUGUCUAGUUUCUGUUGAACUCUGUCUUUGUGGCUCUUAAAGAGGAAAGUGUGUGUGUGUGUGUGUGUGUGUGUGUGUGUGCGUGUGUGUGUGUGUGUGUGUGUGUGUGUGUGUGUGUGUGUGUGUGUGUGUGUGUGCCGGACAGAGUGUGUUUCUGUGUGUCCAGAACUUCCAGCAUACUCAAAAUGUACAAUAUGUGCUUGGCAAUGUGUCUCAAGAUGUGCAUGUAUGUGUAUGUAAGCACAUCUGGGUGCCUGUGUGUCUGUGCGUGCAUGUGUACGCGUGUGUCUUUGUGUCUGUGAAUGAGUGUGUGUUGCCUGAAGCUCUCAGUCUGUCCCGGGGGGAUUACAUCACAAGGAAGUUAUCAGACCUGAGUCAUCAGAGAGGUUGAGAGGCCCUGCUCUGUUCAGCCCCUCCAUCAAAAUGAGGACACAGUGAAAAGCAUUAAAGGAGAGAGAAAUUUCUCUUUCUUUCUUUCUUUCUUUCUUUCUUUCUUUCUUUCUUUCUUUCUUUCUUCAUCUUCAGAUGUCUUUUUUCUUUGGGUCACUUGUUCUUUUCUUGUUUCUUUCUUUCCCGUUUGAGUAAAAAACUUUUCUCUUUUAAUGACUAACCCCUACUUUUUUAUCUCUUUAUCUUCAUCUCCUCCUUUUUAUUCUCUUUUAUCUCAUUUUUCUUUUGUUUCUUCAAAUUUCUGUUCCGUCUGUUCUUGUCUUUUAAUUUCUUUUUCUCAUUCUUAUGUUUUUCUUUAAUCCUUUUUCCAUAUGUGUUUUCUCUUUGUACUGUUUAUGUCUUUUCUUUCUGUUUUGCUCUGCUAUUUACUUUUUCUUUCUGGUUUAUACUUUUAAUUUUUCUUUCUUUUUCUUUUAUGCUUUCAUUUUCUCUUUCAUGUCCUUUUUUUAGACUUUCUGUUUUUAUUUGAUAGUUUCAUUUUCACCUCUUACACCUUUUCUCUCUGCCUCAUUUGGCCAUGACUCGUUCUUCACCCUCAUGUCUUUGCCUUUAAGAAGAUGUAGAAGUGGAGUAGGCCAGUUAAAACGUGUCACUCAGCUGUCAUCUCUAUCUGCUAUCUCAUUCCUUCCACUCACGUGGCAGUCUAAUGAUACCGCCUCACUUCAGGAUAAGAUCUCCACAGCUCCUGCCCAGUAUGCUCACGAGAUUUCUUUGCAGCAUUUGGAAUAGCAGCCUUUGACAAACAACAAAAUUGGUCCGUCAAAAUUGGCCAGCACCAAAAACCUCAUAGAGAUGGUGUUUACAGGAGAGCUACUCUGAUGAUGAUUCAUUCUUCAUUCUGUUCUGAUAUCCUUCUCCAAACUGGCCCAGACUUCUUUUGCUUUUCCUGUUAGCCUUCUUGAGAUUGCCCUGUUCAUCAUGUUCCCACAAUACUCAUUUGCUCAAUGAGUUAAAUAGAUCCUCAAAGAAACCUGAGUGCUGUUUUAAUUUACAGUACCUCAGACAUAACUUUCAAUCAUUUUUUAAUCUUCAUGUUGUCUGCAAUAAAUGCACCUCACAUACUUACCCUGUGUUUGACCUGGGGUACUUAUACAUAAUCAGCCUUAGUUUGACCUCUGUGAGCAAAGAUCUGACUUCUCCUGUUCAUAUAAAACUAUAACUCCACACUAAACCGAAUAAUUAAACAGGACUUAGCUUAAUGCUAGUGGUGCAACGGAUCACAAAACUCACGGAUCGGAUCGUUCCUCGGAUCAAGAGUCACGGAUCGGAUCAUUUUUCGGAUCAGCAAAAAGAAAAAAAAACAAGACAAAUAAAAUAUAUAAAAGUAGUGCACAGGGCAUAAUAUCUUCUUUUUAACAUAAUUAUUAAUGAAAAACAACUUAAAGUACAAUAUACAGGCAUAUCUCCUUCCUUUAAAAUGUAACAAUGAACCAAAAAUGAAGUGUGUGCGCGAUGGGAUGUCGUAACGUGGCUCAAGCACUUUCAGCAUGUUUUUAAAGCCCUCGUUUUGCACAACUGAAUACGGCCUCAUGUCUGCAGCUAUAAACACACCGAUAGAGUUUGUGAAAGCUUUAGCCUGGUCGGAUUGCGCAGGAAGAGGCUGCUUAAAUGCUGCGGUGAUGAGCGGUUGUUGGGCAGCUUUCGUUUUAUCUCAGGUGUUAUGCCAAAGAAUGCACCCCUGCCGUAUAGUGCACACCCUAACGGGAGCGCGGUUGAAAGUACAUAACAAGGCGAAAUAAUACAAGUUUUCCUUACGUUGGAUGUAUUCAACAGCGUUUGCCUUUAAUAAUUUCAUUCAGGCUAUUCAUAUCAAAUAUGAGAUCAUUAUCUCCACUUUAAGAAGCUAACGGGUGGAGGGGAUGCAGGGGGUGCGUUCUACGGCAGGGGUGCAAUCUACGGCACAACACCUGUCAGUAAAACACCCGGGUGAUGUCGCUUCAAAUGCGUGAACAUGCUCGAUGUGUUUCCACUGUCAUAUGGCUUUCUUAUGCCACAGUGCCUACACUCCGUCGCAGUUUUGUACACUGACCUCUUUCCUUCUUCAUCAUAAUUGACAGGGAAGCCAAAAUGCUCCCAUACAGGGGAUUUAAGUGUCGCGGGGCGUUCGAGCUCCUCCUUUCUCCGCUUUCAGAAAUCGAUCCGCGGAUCACAUGUGUGCCGAACCGAAUACGUCGAUCCGAACGGAUCACGGAUCAAUGAUGAUCCGUUGCACCACUACUUAAUGCUGUGCAUCAAAUAGGAUUUGAGAGUCAUGUUUUUGCCCUGGAGAUCGACCAUAGCAGUCUGUGGGAAUAACUUUUUCCACAUUUAUUUUUUUGAUGUAUGAUUUUUUUUUUAUUUUACUGAAAUAGCCAACACUCUCUAGGCAACAGCUUUAUCCCUGCCUCACUGGGGUUUACUGUGGGGGCAUUAUGUGACUCAAGGUUCAUGUUAACCCCACCUGUGUUUGAACCCUGACUAAGGAUUAAGAGUUGUUAUUUUAGUGGUAAAGCUUGAUUCCCACCUUACUUCCCACCACUAUCAGCUACAAUCUAUGUCUCUUACAGAUUGCCAGUUUAAGGCAGGAUAUUUAGACCCUGGCUUCACCUUGUCUUGGAGGCAGAAUGGUUGGGUGAAGUCAUUGUGUUUAUAAUCUGCCAUCAGCGGUUGUAACAGAAGCAUAAUGAGGAGAGAACAGUAGCAAUUUGCAGCGUAGGAGCUGACAGGGCAGAACAGUACUGUGUGUGUGUGUGUGUGUUUAUGUGGCGCUCCCAUGAAGUGAAGUCACACAAUUAGAUACCGGUCAGUAAUAGCUGUCACAGUGAUCUGUUAAAAACGUCAUAGUAGACAGUAGAAAUUUGAAAAUUUGCGAUGUGUAAAAAUAAGGCACUGAUUUAGCAUGUUUUAGCUAGGGAUAUUCAAUAUUAUCAGAAUCCUAUCAGUAUUGACCGCUUAAAAAAGUUAAUCAUCUGUGCUGGAUGAGUUUACAUUUUCUGCUGAUAAUUGUGGCUGGUAGGUUGACGCAGUAGUCAUAUGUCUGUAAUGAAAGCUUUCAGGCCCGAACAAGAAGCUUAAGCAUGCUGGCUAUAUAGAAGUAUUUUGUGUCAGCUGGCACAUCACUGAAAAAUACCUGUCUCAUUUAUUGUAGAAUUAAAUGUUGUUGUCUUGUUUCAUAAAAAAAUACUUUGUCAUAUUAAGAGUAACAAGUAAAUUCUAGUCCAGGAAAGGCUGCAUAGUCUUCACUGUAAAAAAAAGUGUGUUCAUAUAAUAUCAUUAUUGACCAAAAUUAGUUUUAAUAUGUCAACAAAAGUCAAGUAUUGUGUAUCCCUGAUUUAAAUUUCUAUAGAGUGAGCACUGCUGCCCUUUUUCUGUACACGCUGUACACUAACAGAACUUUGUUUGUAACGCAGGACUGCCAUUUGACUCUGUUUGAUGUUGACCUCAUGAAGCAGCAUUCAAAUCAAACAAUGACACAUUUUGCAUCUGCGUUGAACAAACCUGCAGGCCUAGCAGCCUGACAUUGGCCUUAACAAACAAGACUUGAAUUCAUAGUUGUGAAACAAACACUUGACUCCACCUGCGGAUCAGGAGAUAAUCGUGCAGUUAUUGUGUUGAACUCAUUGUGUGUUCAGCUUUUCAUUUCAAAGCCAGACCAGGUCAUAUAGGGUGUGUUGACUUAUUCACAGCAAUGGCAAACACCUCUGUCUUUACAUACAUCUAAACUGCAGCAAACAGAAGAUUAUGUCUUCAGGCCUUUGACUCAAUAUAUGUGGAAUGGGGCUGAGGUCAACCGGUUUAGGAACCAUCAUUAAUGAUUACUGUCUGUGAAAACAUGGAGUGUAUUGCAGCAUGUGUGAGUCUCUUUGGGGCUUUCCCCUCUGGCUGACUAAGUGUGACGUAGAUGAGGGUGUGUGUGUGUGCACUGGUCUGCGUGAGGAGGGGGGGGGGCUGGGUGGGAGAGACAGCUGUGCAGGCUAGAUAUGUAGUUAACAGUAAGAAGCAUUCAUACUGCACAUUCUGCUGCAGUGUGUCACCAGACAGUCUCUCUCUUUCUCUUUCUCUCUCUCUGUGUCUCACUUCCUUUAGCUUCCCACUCUUUUUCACCUCACUUCUCACGUCUAUCUGUCUCCUGCUUCUCCCUAUCCCACUCACACACACCCACAUACGUGCCUGUGUGCAUGUGCAGUCAUUGACACAAAUAUACACACAUUUCUUUCUCUCCCCUCCCCCAGCCACAAAACUCCCUUUUCCCUCUCCAAAGUUUCCCGCUGUAGUAAAUUAAGACAUAGCUCCUUGACAGCUAACAGUUUUACCACUAUUUCCCCUUUCCUGUCGAGGAACUGUGCUUAUUCCUGGAUUACACCUCACCCACACUUGUACUAACACACAUACACGGCAUUUUCCUGGGAAAGGAGAGAAUUGAAGAAAAAGUUGCUUGAAGGACACCGUCAAGCUGUCGUCGCCUGUCCCAGACGGGGUGUGUCAAGUCUUUGGUCUGUCUGAUGCCGUAUUAAAUAUCGGGGUUAAAAGAGGGGUGGGGGGUAGUGUGUGCAUGUCUGAGUGUGUGCAUGUGUGUGCAAAAAGUCUCUCUCUCUUUUUUGUUCUUUGGAGAGAAAGAAUGUUGGCACAAAGCUAUAACCACCAGGGGAGGAGGAGGAGAAGGUCGGAGUGCUCAAGUGCUGCUCCAGGUUUGUUUCAUUUCAUUUGCACUGUAAUGAGUCUUGUUACUGCUGCGAGAGGCAGAGAAAUCUGACUGGGGAGUUCAAAGUUAAGCCACAGGGAAGUAGGGAGGGAAGGAGGGAGGGAGGGAGGGAAGGAGAGAAGGAGGAAGAAAGGAGGGAGAGGAAAAGAAAACCAGAGAAAAGCCAACAAGCCCUCACUUGAAAACUUCUUCACAUUGAGGAGGCAAAGACAAACUUUUACACUCCUUCCUUUAUCCUUUCUUCCUCUUCCUGCUGCUCCUCCUCCUCCUCCUCUCUGCCCCACACCCUUCUCAAAUGAUCCUUGCUCUGAAAAGAAACUGAAGCUCGCAAAGAGGUCUAAAAAAGUUGCCUGUGUCUGUGCAUGACUGUGCGUCUGUGUGUCUACUGGACUCUGUGUGUGUGUGUGUGUGUGUGUGUGUGUGUGUGUGUGUGUGUGUGUGUGUGUGUGUGUGUGUGUGUGUGUGUGUGUGUGCGUGUGCGUGCCUCUGUAUGUGUGCGAGCCUGGGUCUGUGUGGGAAUGAUUACAUCAGCCUGCUGCAGCCUUAUGAUUGGUUGGUGAGCGUGUGGUUUGAUUCAGUGUGCCUCAGAGCCCGUGGCUGAGGCUGUAACCCUUUGUGAGGGAGAGAGAGAGAGAGGGAGAGAGAGAGAGAGAGAGAGGGAGGGCGAGAAAGAAAGAUAGUUGUCAGACUCAGCCAGCACUGGAAGCACUGUACUGUACCUGCUGCCAUCCGAUCACUGACUGUUUCUGAGUCUCUGUCCUGUGAGCUGUGCAGAUACCGGCUUUAGGUCAUACAGACAGUUUCUUUUUUUAAAGACAGAGUGCGGGCGGCCUACAUAGACUGAAGGACUUCUCUGCAGGCUAUGUGACAGGUAGCACAACUGCAACUGUCAACUGCCGGCAUUCAAAUUUGUCCCUGUGUUUCUGGAGGAGACAGGGCGACAGAGGAGCGAGGUUUCCUGUCUUAGUGACUGUGUGUGAGUGUGUUAGUGUGAGUGUGUGAGGAGCCAAGCUCACUCCAAAAAAUGCCUUCGUGUUCCCCGGACUGCUGCCUAUUGCAGGCCGUGGAGGUAAGUCCGCCGCUCUCUUUUCUAUGUCUCUUAUCUCUCCUUGUGUGUCUCUCUGCCUUUCUUUGCCUUCUUCUCUCUUUACAUUUUAAGACCAUUUCUCUUUGAAGUGCUGCUCUGCUCAACCAGAGGCGAGUCACAGACUGUGUAAAUACCUUAAAGGCUGAAGACAGUUUGUCUUUUUCAAGAUGUGAGCAAAGCCGUAAAAAAAUCAAGUCAAAUACGUCACCGGCUUUGACUGAUCCAGACUUCCUUCUGCAUCGGACCAUUUUGGAUGUGUUGUGCGCCUCAGGCCUGGUUUGUGCAUACCGUGAUGCUGUAAGCCGUGUCUUUGCUGAAGAAAGGAGAACAGAAUUUUUCUUUGUCAUGCUACGUUAUGUGGGAAGUGUGCAUACAUGACAUGUGUAGGCUAAGCAGGCUGGAUUCCUGUGUAGGCUAACAAGGCUGGAUUCCUCUGCAAGGUUCAGAAGCCAGCUCGAGCUCCCUCUCUGUGGGCCAUUUGAUGUAUAUCCUGUGACUGUGACUACAUGGUUUCUUUUGGAGAAACCAACCUGUCGACACUUUGCAGAAGUAUUUAAUGGCCAAACUAAGAAGGAAGCUUUGUGUUUCCUUAUUUUUUAGUGAAUCUGUGACGCUCACAAAGGUUUCUGAAUGUAAGUUUAAUAUCUUUUACUCAUAUGAGACUCGAAAGUGGAGUUCGUGUUAGUCCGGGGGAAUCAAUCAUGGGUUAACAUGUGUGUGGGUACUUGACUGAGUCAGUUUUAUCAAUGAAAACAGGUUUUUAUUAACGGCUUUGGAAAACAAAUAUUAAGAUCAAACAAAUAUGCAGUAUAAAGCAUCCGUUCUCGAGCUCGAGUUUUCAUCCCUCGUGUCUCAUCUCUGCACAGUCGCAUGCCUUUUCUUGAUCAUCUGUAAUUGGAAACGCAAUGCUCAUUAUGUCUUGAGCUGCAUGGGAAGACACACAAGUAUGUACGCGAACGCUGUAAGCAGUCCUGCUUUGUGUUCACAAAAGCAUAGGUUUGUAUUUGUGUCUAUAUAACACCAACAGUAUAUGCCAUAAGGAACGCUUGUCUGUGAUUUCUACCACCACAAUUGCUACAUGGUCUUGAUUGUCUGUACUUUUGUAUUGUGUGCUGUAAUUAUAUGCCAGGGUAUGGGAUGGUGUAUGGGGCACUGUAUGUUAAACACUGAAAGAGUGUUUUAAAAACUGCCAGCUUCACCCACCUCUCUGUUUGUCUUUUCAAAAUUGUCUUGUGUUAAGUGACGAGAUCAUAACCAAGAGAGCUUUCUAGCCUUUUUUGUUUCAUGUCUCUCAUACACAAUAACACAUGGCUAAAAGAAAUGAUAUCUAUUUACUUACUCUUUAUAAAUCCAAACAGUGAUGGUUUUCUAAGUAAGUUGAACUCUGUGCACUUUCUCUCUCUAGAUUGUGAAGAUUUUCAGUGAAGACGGCAUGGGUAAAGUGGUGGAGAUCCCAGCCGACAUGACAGCCAGAGACCUGUGCCAGCUCCUGGUUUAUAAAAGCCAUUGUGUCGACGACAACAGUUGGGCACUUGUUGAACACCACCCGCUGCUUGGGCUAGGUAAGGGGCAGGACCACUCACACACAUGAAACAUGCACACACUAACACACUAAUUUACACAAAGUUUUCCCAUACGGACUCUUGGUAAUUUGGUUUGGCUGAGACAUGAAAACAAUCACUGACACACACAGCUGCGUUCACAUGUAUACAUGUGUGCACACAUACUUGGGCAUGCAGACAGUUCAGGCGCAUAUUCUCACGCAGGGAUAUAUUCAAGCAUGAGUGCAUGUGUAUACUAUACAGCAUAUGCACGCACAGGGCUAUAAUGUUCAGUGAUCUAAUCAUGUACAACACUGUCAGCGUGUGAAAACGCUGCUGUAGCUGUGCAGUAUUAUCCAGACCGGGCAGAGCUAUGUAAUCAUGUGAAAAACUGAGACAGACAUUGAGCUGCUUGUCUUUGGAAAACAUGCAGGUUAGCAUGCAAGCGAGUAGAAAAGGACAGAAAUAGACAAUGCUAAGUACAUGAGAUCAUAAUGGCCUGAGCAAGGCUGGAUCAGUGAUUUUUGACUCAUUAGUAUGAUGCCCGAAUGGUGUGACGGGGGGCUGUUGGGAGAAGUUUCUGCUUUGAGUAUGAGAACAUAAGCCGAUGGAUUAUGUUGAAUUCAUCAUUAUAAAAUAAUAGGCUGAUUUCCUGUGUGACCUGAUAAAAAUUCACUGUUGACAAUGUGGUUGGAAGCAUAAAAAAACAAUGUAUGGUCGAACUUUCUGAGGUUAUAUCAUGCAAGUAAACAUCAGAUCCGAAAGUAGGUUACUUUUUGAGCUUACCAAUACUCUCAGGCCUCUUGGGAAACCAGCAGAAACUCCAUUUGGUCCCAGUUCAUAAAUGAAACAAAAGCAGUUAUUGAUAAAUGUCACAGCCCCAAGGCUUUCAUCUAAGGACUCUUGUGAGCUUUACAGAGAAACUAAUUUAGUGUUUGUGGUCGGGAGAAAAAGUUUCUGGAUCAUGCACAGGAUAAUGAUAGCAACAGAGAGGAUCAUAUGGUAUCUGACAUCCUUCACUGCUAUUUUUAACUCCGUCAGGCUCAUUUAAGGUCAGCAGACUGCGUCGAAUCAGGUCUUUCUAUGACCCAAGAUAAAAAAAUACAAAAAUACAACAAAUCAGACUGGGUCUGGACAAAGAUCCAGGACAGACUUCAGGUUAUUCCAGGCCCUGUGCUACUUUGUUGAAAGCAAGUUUCAGGCAAAAAAAAAAAAAAAAACAGGGAUAUUUUGGUAACUGAAAACGCCACCUACGGGUGCUACUAGGCAAAGCUCUGAGUGAGAAAAGAAAGUUGUUUAUUCAAAGGAAUAAAUCAGAGAGCAUGCUGCAUCUUAUGAAUACUAUAACAGGGCAUCCUUUAAACAUUUGGGCACUGUCAGUGUACCUGCAGUGAGGUCCUGGAGUUCAAAAGUGAAAAAUUCCAGGCAAAAAAUUGAGGCAAACCAACUUGUCCGCAGAAAACGACAAAAUGAAAGUUUGUCACAGCAGCUCAGGUUGAUAAUAUUGCCUUUGAGUGUUAGUUAGCAUAAGUAGCUGGUUGCAUAUUCUUCACAGAUGAAGAGGUAAACAUUUAUUAAGGUGUUGGAGAAAGUGUAGAGAAGGUUAGUGUCACACGAAGAAAAAAAACAGAGCUCUCUCACAGUUUCAGUAUCGUUGAAAACCAAACAUGGUUACAAUGAGGCAAGAAGAAGUCUGAAGAGGAGAGAACAGCUCUGAAAAUGCUAUAUUGUUGGGUUUAAUGUAGGGGUAAUUUUAAUCUGCUGCUGUAUAAAGAAGUGAAUGAGCUCUGCUGAUUUUGUGUUACACUUGGCAGUAUAACACCAAGUUCAGAAAGCCGUGGCCAGCUAAAUGCUAGAAAACCCAACCUCCCCCUGAGGAAAGGGUGAUUAUAAAGCACUUAUGGAGACAAGUUGAGCCUGUGCUCUGUGCGCGUGUCUGUACAGUUUAACAGAUGUGGGAGAGAAGGGGGUUAGUUUAAUAUAGAGCUCUAAGCCUGGUGGUGAAACACACAGUAGAAGUAAAAAGAGACAAAAUUUUACUCGUUAUAUCUGACAACUUUUUUCAGCUUAUUUUUAUCUUUCACCAAAGUUAGUCCUACAACCACACGCUCCGUCAUGCUGUCAUGUGAGGAAACUUUCGUAAGAUAUAUUGUGUUAUUUAAAGGACCACUCCCAAACUUCUAACCCAAUAUUUCUCCAUCCAUCAUGAUCUGAUUACAUUUCUCAUCAGAGCUGCCAACACCAUGCUGCCAAAUACAGUUAGGCUGGCUUGUUGUAGAUGACAUCAUUCUUGGCUCGCAGUCAUUUUAUCCUAUUAGAGGCCGUCUUCUAUGCUGGCUCACCUGUACUGCAACUGUAUUCAGUCUGUGCUAGAAUACGGACUUAUAGUAGGUUUUUUUUUAGAAGUUGUAGUAAAUGAGACAAAACGCAGUAGAGUAAUUAAUGUUUAGAUUGUCAAGUUAUGUAUCCCACACAGAAACCAGUACCUGUCUGGCUGUUUGUGUGUGUCUGUGUGUGUGUGUGUGUGUCAUUGCAGCUGUGUUUGCAUUGGGAUUUGCAUCUACCACAAAGUUACACAAAGACCUCCUGUAUAUUAAUCAAUUGUCGCUAAAACCAAAGUGUAAAAAUAUCAUAUUUUUCAGUAUUUUGUGUUGAUUUCCAUUCACAGUCCUUUUUCAUACUUCUGUGUAAUGUGUUGAUUGUACAUGUGUGGUAUCCUAAUAGCUGUUGUUUAGCUUCAGUUUUAUUUUGAACAUUUGAAAACCCUUUUAGUUGUCUUAUUGCUGUCCCUUUCUGAUAGAUAAAAAAUGUGGCUAGUUCCAAGUGUGUGAGUCAUGAAUUUGUCUCUUUCUCUCCUAAACAGUUGUUUAAAUUAUUAUAUUUUAUGAAAUGAAAUAUAAAAAUGGCUGCUAUCAGAAUCCUCUGUUCUGGAUUAAGAAGAUGUAAAUGGUACAAGAUCAGUUGAUUAAAGUUGUGUUUUAUGAGAUCAAAGUUACAGUCAGUUAAGCUCAUAAAAACAAAAAGUCAGUUCAGUGUUAAAAAGUUAUCUGGGGUACCAGUUUGGCUCAAAAGAUGAAUUGUGCACCCCAUUUAUGGAGGCUGUCACCCCAAAAGUGGGCGGCCUGAACUCAGUUUCAAUUCCCCGCCAUUUUGCCACACGUCUUCCCCCACUCUCUCUUUGCAGUUUCUGACUUUCUGAUGUGUGCUGUCUUUCAGUAGAGACCCCCAAAUAUGACCUCUAAAAGAAAGAAUAAGGUUUUCUUGGACUGUUUUGUCAAUUCAUACCUUUUGGUGAAGCCUGCAAGUACAAAAACUAGUUGCAAAUAGAAGUUACAAGUGUCCUUUAUUUAUUACUUUGGUGUCUGGUUGGUAAUUAGUGGGAUAUACAAAGGUAAAGUUGGUACCUGGGAUCUCCAGAUGCCAUUCAGAUACAUGCUGUGACUUACUUGUGGUUGAAUUACUUCUUGGAGUGUUUGUGUUUUGUGUGUUGUAUAUGCGCAGAUUUUUUCCUCUGAAACAUAUUUGUAAUGCACAUAGUUUUCUGAACAAUAAUUAGAAUUGUGAAAUGUCUGAGUGCUGACUCUGGACAUCUGCUUUGCACAUGCAUGUGCUGUAAUUCUUCAUUUGUGCACAUGUGGUUUGGUGGUGGACAGGAAUAGUUACAGAGGGAAAGGAACAAUACUGCAUUUGAAUAGAGCGGUCUAUUCCUGUCCAUCACUUCCCACUCUCAGUCCUCUGCUGAAUGGAAUAAAAUACCCCCUUUGAGAUAAGUAAGUCUGACCUCUACUUGUCACCCCAUAAAGGUUAACAUGUGUGGGACAGUGAGGUAGUGUUUUCAGGGUGAGUCACUGUCACGAACACGAAUGAGUCAUGAGACAGGCAACAAGAGGAAACGGGAGGGAAAAAAGACGAGUCGUGACGGUGUGUUAGAGACGGAAAAGGGCAGAAAAAGGGUGAAGAGGGGACACACAAAAUGUGAUAAUCAUGUGAGAUAGAGCUGUAAAGUCUCUCUGAAGUUCAAAAAACCGACAUCAGAGUUUUAUUGCAGAGGUUCAACAAGUUACAACAUUUUAAUUAAAUCCGCUGAGGGGAAGGAAGUCUUUCAUUAAAACAUGACAGAGAGAAUGUGUAAUGCUGCUGGAAUCGACUGAGUCAUGAGCGCUUUCAGCGUCUCAGUGAUGGAAAAUAAGUCCACAUGACCUCUGACCGCCACAUGAGUAUGAGGAGAUCACGUCCUCUUCAACUGUUCAUGAAGACAAACCUCGGUCUGAUCAUCACGUUUUAUUGGGGAAGAAAACAGAAUUAUUUUAGAUUAUUCAGUAGCAUUCAUCUUUUUAAAGUAUUGAUUCCAGUAUUGAUCACCUAAAAUAAUCUCUUUUACUAAGUGUGUGAUCAUAGUUGUUCAGAUGUAGUUGAUGUUACGAUGUGUGUUCAUGAAAGUUGUGAAAGAUAGUUCGUGUUUACUUUUUGUCUCAUGGAUUAGAUUAAAGAAAACAUGUCUGGCUAAAUUACACAUAAAACAAACAUCAGACUUUGCUUAUUUUCUUAACAGCACAGAUGACGGCUGUUAUGGAAAAAUCGCUGCUUGAUUUUUGUUGGAGAUUAACUUAAUUUUUCUAUCGUGAGUAAAAGUACACUGAGCACUUUGAAAAUAGAUUUUGUAACUUAUGAGGCUAAGACUUCCUCUUUUUGGACCCUUUCUAUCAUUUAUGUAAUUUUAUUUAAUUCUGUAAUUUAAUGAUGUUUUUGGUGUACUUCUAAGAAAAAAAAGGCAAUACUAAAAUCGUGUGUUUGUGCUCCUCUCUCCUCAGAGCGCUGUCUAGAAGAUCAUGAGCUGGUGGUUCAAGUGCAGGCCUCCAUGAACAGUGACAGCAGAUUCCUCUUCAGGAAAAACUAUGCCAAAUAUGAGUUCUUCAGAAACCCUCUGGUAAUUGCUUUUGUUUACGUAGCUCGUCACUCAUGACAUCCUCUUUGUCAAGUUAUGCGACACAAUGACAUACUCAGUGUUAGCCUGUGGCAACAACCUCUCAUGGAUUUUCAUCUCUGUUUUUUAAUUUUUCUUUAUCUCGUCUGAACUUUUUUGACAAAGAUUAUUUAGAUAAUUCAAAACAAACACCUACAUUUCUUUCUGCUUUAAGUAUAGCAAAGUUUUAAAACUAUUUGUCUUGGAUUUAUAGAUUUCCAUCUUUGAAAAAGAGAUGUUCAAAGACAGUUUCCUUGUGCUACUUGCUUUAAAGAGAGAAAACAUUUCUUUCUCAUCAUGUACUCUAAUAAAAUUCAGUGUCAGCUGACUCUUGAUGAGAUUUGCAUGAUGUCGCUUAUUCACAUAUUCCUCUCAGCGGCUGAUAUUUUCUGUCUGCCUGCCUCUCUUCCACCAGACGUUCUUCCCGGAGCACAUGGUUGCAUGGUGCCAGGAAAGCAGUCGUACGAUUCCACCAUCUCAGCUCCUUCAGGUACAUACAACAAACACACACACACGUAGACACACAUUUCUCUCUCUCUCUCUCUCUCUCUCUCUGUCUCUCUCUCGUUCUCUCCUCUUCCUGACACGCACACAGCUCAGUUUACCUUGGAGUCAGCAGCCGCCACAUAGUGUACAAUCAAGCUGACAUAGCUCACCUCUGACCCUGAGACAGUGUGUCUCGUCAGAGCCUGCAGUAAUAACUACUGUUGAUCCCCUGUUGACACAUGACUGUCUCGGCACACGCACCGCAGGCCCGACACUCACGACGGAUGGAAUUAGGCAGUCAGAAAUAGAACACUCAGUUCCUCACCCGCCUACCGGGUGUUUGCAUAGCACAAAUUCAUACACCUGUGUCAUGCUAUCACACACCCAUCUCACAAAAGGCACACAGAUAAAAGGAAAAAGUCUCAGAUCUUUGGGAUUUUGUCGAGCUUUGGUCUGAAUGUGCGGAGGGUUUCUCUCUCCUGGAUCAAGUAAUGGAGCUGUCAGAGGCAGAGCCACCGCUGCAAUCCUUUUCCUUCAUGCUCUGCACUCACAGAAAGCUUUAAACUCUCCCGCUCAUCACACAGAGAUUGUGCUCUGUUAUGCUCUACAUAGAGGAGUCAAUAAAUGAAAGGGGAUGUGGUAAGCCUGGGAUGUGUCAGGAAUCUUUAGUGUUUGAUUAACUUUAAACGCAACAUCUUCAUCUGCAGUUCAGUCCAAACAAGAAAUGCUCUCUGACCUGAACUCAACCAGGUGUUUGUGCAUUAUUCGCCAUUAUGCAAGACGCAUAUGUCAACAGAAAUCAGCGAACUGUAGCGCCUGGAAGAGAAAGCUUUUUUGCACGAUUGCUACAUGUGAGCGUGACUCCGCAGAUGUCGGAAAAAAAGCUCAUGCGUGAGGCUCAAGGUACGAUGUUUCCAAAACACUGGGGAACAUGUGCUUUAAAUAUUGAAGAGUCCUCUGGAACAGCUCACCUCCCAGCCGCAAGCCACAAAAUCCAAAUCAGCUCUAUUAACUCAAGCUGCCACUUCAUGGUGUGAAACUUAAAAUACUUCUGACACUCUCUAGACAACCGAGGCCUUAAGGUCUCCUUAUAGGAAUGAUGUGCAUGUUGACUUUGUGUACCCUCUGGGUUUGUCUUGGCAGGCACACGACAUAAGUUUGAAAGUAUGAAAUAUUGUUUUCUUUUCUCCUUUUUUUUUGUCAUUAAUUGAGGUGUUUGUUGAGGGAGACAGAGCAUGUUGAUGAGUCUCGUGAAAAGAGAAACAAACAAGCGAACAUCACGAGUUUGCAGGGAUGCUAAUUUACAUCCGAAGUUUUUUUUUUGGCAGGUGACGAUAACAGAAACACAAUAAAAGACAAUACACGUUUAUAAAUAUACAUUACACAUCGUGAUUGUUGAAAAGACUUCAGAGAGCCUGCUCAAAAACAUACAUAAAUUAUGCAUACACUGUCGUCUGCACCCUUUGAUUUUCAGACACGAGCACAGUCUCUCACCCUAACAUGGCCCCUUUCUUAAUUGUGUUGGAAUUUAAGCUGUCGCACAUCUCAGCCAUCAGCUGUCACUCUUUAUCUCACUCACUCACUGAUGCAAGAAGCCCUCGUGGCGCUGCACUCUUUGACAUAAAGCAAUCACCUCCCGUCUGCGAUGCCUCUACAGAUGCUUUCUGCUGCAGUCUUUGGUAUUCUGCUGUGACGGCGACAGAGAGCUUACAGGCUUCAGAUGGGAUACAGCGUCUCCCACUCCCGAGGCGGAGGACUCUUUUUGGAGGAUAUUAUAGAGUGAAAAAUCCAAACUUUCCUGUGCUGAAGCCCUGCUUUGUGUCUCUUCUUCUUCCUCUUAUAGAACUUCUUAGCAGCCAGCAGCUGUCCAGAGAUUCAGGGUUAUUUGUAUGUGAAGGAGGUGGGGAGAAAGUCUUGGAAGAAAGUUUACAUGUUCCUGCGGCGCUCGGGUCUCUACUGCUCUACAAAAGGAACCUCAAAGGUAACAGACGCUCUUUCUUUUUAUCUUCAAGGGAAGGAGUUUAUGUUGUAAUUUUAUACGCUCAACUAUAAAAUGUAACAGUAAUAACAUAGUAAAUCUUCCAGAUUGAAAGUAAUUACCUUUAAAAAAAAAUCCUCCUUUUAUUUAUGGUGGUCUCUUCUUUGACGGCAUACCUCCAGGCUGUGUUUCCCUGUGAUGUGCAGACUUAUUAAUUAUUUCUGUCUGCAGGAGCCCCGACAUCUACAGUUACUAGCAGACCUUGAAGACAGCAACAUCUUCACCGUCAUCACAGGCAAAAAGCUGCACGGUGCUCCCACAGACUACGGGUUCUGUAUCAAGGUGAGGCUCAAGUGAAGGGAGACUAAUUCAUAUAAAACUUGAAAAUCUGUGCUCUUACUCAUAAAACUUUUAAUCUGCAGCCCAAUAAAGGUCGAGGGGAGGUGAAGGAGUUGAGGAUGCUGUGUGCCGAAGAUGAACAGGGCAGGAUAUGUUGGAUGACGGCCUUCAGACUCUUUAAGGUAAAAGUACGACUCUCUCUAGAUUAUGCGACAUAGAUGUUGAAGCAAGCAGUGGGCGGGAACAACCUCUGAUGGGCAGCAACUAAAAAUUUAACUGAGCAAAUCACUCGUGAAGUAUUUUCUGUUUGUUUACCUCUUUGUUUCUUUUUCUCAACAGUAUGGGAUUGUUUUGUACCAGAACUACAAGAUUCCUCAACAGAGAAAAACCUUACUUUCACACUUCUCAGCACCUGUGGUAAGUUUACCUCUCAGUUCUUUAUUAGGGCAUCUCAGGUUUUACACAGUUUAAGAAAAUCUGUACAACUUUGUGCAGAAAUAAUGUCAAAAAUGUACAAAAGUAUGAACUGCAUUGAACACAGCUGCACCCCACUUUGUGUCCACAUUGUGACUCUUGUGUAUCUCUGUCUCCCUCUAGCGGAGUGUGUCAGAGAACUCCCUCGUGGCGAUGGAUUUCUCAGGGAGGAUAGGCAGAGUGAUUGACAACCCAGUAGAAGCUCAGAGCGCUGCCAUGGAGGAGGGACAUGCGUGGCGGGUGAGACACAGCAUCAGGUUUUCAGUUUACCUCUGUCAACAAAGCCAGGAGCGGAGCCUUGGAAACUGACUGCAGAUGGAACUAUUUAUUUAGCACAUGUAUUCAUGUAGCAACUUAUCCUCUCAGUGAAAGUGAGGAUUUGUCAGUUAUAGAAAGCAGGAAAAGAGGGAUGGGUGAAGAUCAUCUGCAAAAUAUUAGUGUCAGAUAUCUUGACUUGGCUCUCAUUUUUUCUGGUGUGUACAAUCUAGUCUGAUGACCAUCUCUGGAUUGUCCUGUAUGAACUAAUCCCUGUUUUAUCUGUCUGUUUGUGGCCUCUUUCUCAGAAGAGGAGUCAACGAAUGAACAUAUUAGGUUCCCACAGUCCACUACACCACUCUUCACUAAACUCAGGUACAUGCACGGAAUUUAGUUUCUCUUUAUGGAGAUUAUUUUUUUCAGUUCAGUUCAAUUGAAAUAAACAGUAUAUUUCCCUGCAGUCAUCCAUAUGGCUCAGUUGUGGUUCCACGGCAGGAUAACAAGAGAGGAAUCUCAUCGGAUCAUCCACCAGCAGGGACAAGUAGACGGGUAAGAAAGCUGGAGCUUAAACUAGAUUUAAAUACGGAAAAAAAAGGUUUAUUUUAAGUGUUUUUUUUUUUUUCACCCUAACACCAUCUCCUUUUCUUGCUACACAGGUUGUUUCUGCUGAGAGUCAGUCAGAGUAACCCCAAGGCAUUUGUGCUCACGUUGUGCCAUCACCAGAAAAUCAAACAUUUCCAGAUACUACCGGUACGUUGCAUUUAUUGAUUAAUCUUCUUUUUCCUGAAUGUGUAAGAAAAACUAUUUUCCUUGAUAAAAAUAAUGAAAAUAAUGUCAUCACACUGGUUUCAAGGAGUGGCAACUCAAAAGUUCUGAAUAUUGAUGAACAAAAAAAGUGAUUGUAGUUAGGUGGGUGAAUAUAAGAAGUUGCACUGAAAUUAAAGUUCCCAUGAAGAACCUUUUGCUGGUUAUAAAACAGAUUGAAAUUAACAUUAAUGUCCCUUAUAGCCUAUAAAUGCAAAGUUGAAUAUAACCACCAAGGUGUACCACUUCCGUAUGUAAUUUUUUAAAGCCCAUAACUGCUGAGUGGGGUUAGGUAUCAGACAAAGCACUUUUUCAUUACGUUUACUGUAUGAUGACUGAUUUAUUUGACACAGCAGGAUAAGAUCAUGUGUCAGGAAACAUGACUUACACAUGUACAGGACAAGAUAAGCAAAAAUACAAGAGGUGCACUGUCCACAGGAGGUGCACAAAUCAAUGCAAACAAAAAAACCCUCACAGGAGCUUCAAAGUUUUAUAGUUUUAUUUUUUAGUCAUUUUAUUUGUAGCUCCAAACUCCCCAAACUUGUAAAGCCAAAGAGUGAUAUAUACUGUUGGUCUUAUCAGUUCUCUUCCUACCAUCUCCCUGCUUUCCUUUCCUGACAGUGUGAAGAGGACGGCCAACUCUUCUUCAGCCUUGAUGACGGCGCCACCAAAUUCACCGACCUGAUCCAGCUGGUGGAGUUCUACCAGCUCAACAGAGGAGUGCUGCCUUGUAAACUCAAACACCCAUGCACCGUCGUGGCCUUAUGACAUCAUCGGAUCAUCCGACCCCAUGAGCCCUAUCACUUGACCUGACUUUGCCUGAAACAAACACAACAACAAGAUUUUUUUUUGUUUUGUUUUUAUCUUUAUAAGAAGCUGGUGAAUGACUGAUGUUUCUCCGUUGUCGUUUUUUUUUUUUUUAUUGUUGAGAGUCCGCUGGAGACUGCUGACUUUGUUGGAUUCGUUUCAGUUUGCAUGGAUGUUUGAGGAAUCAGAUGCACAACCUGCUGAUGAGGUUCCUCAGUCAGGACUAGAGAAGAUAAAGGAAACGAACACUGCCGUUUGUGUCAAUAAAGUUGCGAAAUCUUCCACAAUCUUGCUACCCACAGUCAUCAAUAAGCUCGGACACAGUGACCCCUUGAGGUUUUUGUCUUUACUUCCCUUAAACUGGACUAUGAGCAGGACAAGCUGGACCACUCUGCUCUCUGACGACGAACUGUAGUCUUAUCAAACGUCCUCAAAGAUGAAACUGUAGACGGAGAGUUGAUUGUCUAUUUAGUUUUGCACUCAUCGAACUGGGAGUGGCCUUUGACGGUGCAUGACUUCAAAGCUGUCACAUUACUGAACUGAAAGAUGGUGCUGCCGCCCUCUAGUGUUGCAGACAUGUAAGGACAUGUCAGGAAUCAACACGGAUGGGAUGUAGGAGCGCCAGGAAGAGUCUCGCUUUUGAAUCAGAAUUUGUCAAAAAUCUGGAAUUUGUCAUAAAUAUUUCUUUAAAAAAAAAAAAAAAAAAAAGGAUUGUACAAAAAUCUGCAUUGUCCACUCUCAUAGAGUUUUAUUUGCUCAUCUUUGACCACACAGGGUUUUUGUUGGUGUUAUCUAAACUCUCUUGAAUUUUUUUCCACGUUCAGGUUUUUGUGACCCUCCAAUAUUGUCAUAAGCUAGAAUGAGCUCACUCUUUAUUAUUGAUGCUAUUGCACGUUCUGGUUUUGUUAAGUGUUUUCCAUACAACUUUCACAAAAUGACAAAGCAUGGUGUGAUACAGGGUCAAUCAUAAGUAAGAAAGCUGGGAGAAUAAUUUUAAACCAGGUAGACAUUUAUGGUGAUUGUAAUAUGCAAAAGUGAAACCAGGGGGGAAAUUAGCAAGUGCAGCAAUAUGCAGAAGUUCACAGCGAGCAAAGGCAGGAUGACACCUGUGGUUAAAGAUAAAGAUAGAGGAUAAUGAGUAUCAGUCUUCAUUCACUCACCACAGCACAGGGAAAAUAAACCACUUGCAUCUUCUUCAGGUAUUUUCUUGGGACAGCAAAUCAGUGGAAACGAAGUUGUCCUUGUUCUCGUUCACUUUUCACACAAAGCUACUCAAGUUCACUCCAGUUAAGUGAAAGUCGGUGAAUUUCUGUCUAACAUACAGUAAACAUGGUUAGGGACAGGGUUUGGUGUGCUGAUCCGUCUCUGAUUGAUCCUGUGCAUUACAUUCCACAUAAUACUGCCUUUUGUUACCUGGAAGUACUUGUGAACCGACCGUAUCACACUUACACCUGCCUGCUGUGUACCACCUGUGUGUGACAGGUACACUGUCCACUGCUGUUGUUAUAGUCAAACAGAAAUACAUAAGUGGUAUUUAAGGAGUGUGGCAGCAACAAAAAACUGGAAACUUUAGCAUCGAAGACCUUAGGCUGCCAAAAAUAUGGUCCUACCUUUUUGGCUUCUUUGACCCGUGCCCUGUAAUUUGAAUUUAUCGAAGGGGAUUUAAGAGAACAGAUGGAAAGCUGAGGAUAUACAACUGUAAUUGAAUUAGUUUGAAAGCAAAGGAUACACCCAUCCUUGCCUCAAAUGGUACAACUUCAGCAGAAAUCGAUCGCUCACUAAUGCCAGCCAAGGUCAGUCAAAAUAAAGGAGAGUUUCAAUGCUGGAGCACCUAUAAUUAACCAUCAUGGAAGGACCUUGGCUCAAAUGUCCUUUUGGGUGGAUAAGGAUCCUGUUUUUGUAGUGACUUUUUCUUAUAACUCAACCGAAUGGAUAAAACAUAAAGGGCAAAGCACAGUUGUAUGAAAUUCUGGGAAAACAACAAGUUAAUGCACAAAGUUAUUUUGAGUACAUGUCUCCAAGGAAAAGAUAUAGACCUUUCACUUCCAGUAAAUUCAAUUGACAGUCACCUGUGUUGGAAUUUCUCAUCACACGAUCUCUUUUGUCCUUUAUUUUUGUAAUUCUAUCAGAACAAUCUAAAAACCCUCCCCAUAUAAGUUUUUAGUCCAAGCACUUGCUGUAGCUCCGAUCACAAGCCAGCAGAUAGAUAUCUGUUUUUUUUUUGGAUUGCAACACCCACAGUCAUUAGUGACUCCCUGCAGGUUGUCUUAAAGUAUGAUGAACAUCUGAGAUGCAGAAUAGCAGCACCAUAAAGACUCUCGGUGCAUGGACACCGUUAUUUAUCUGAGAUGCAUAAAAUGACUCAAUCAUUUUUUUAAGUAUUGUUGCAGAAAAAAAAUGUAUUUAUUUAUCUGGAUGUCACUGAUUACUUGAAAUUUUUAGAUUUCUGUUUUUUUCUUGGCGCUGUGCUAUACUGUUUUCUUUUGUCAUUUCCAUGAUAUAAUUGACCCGUGUGAUUUCUUAUUAAUAUGAUGAUGAUGAUAAUUACUGUAAUGACAUAGAAUCUAUUGGUGAACUUUGUUUCCUUUUGUUAAAUCCAUUCAAAAACGAUUCUUUUCAUCAUCAGAACUUGUGACAAAGUGAUGUUUGAAGCACACUGGCAUCAGCGGUGUUACCAUUAUUGUUCCAGUAUACUAAAACAAGAGGAGUGUUGUGAAAUUGAAAUCAAAAAGAAAUCCCCAGUUUCUCAAAGCAUGAACAAUUAGUUGUUUUAAACUUUUUCUUUGCCCAGAUUUUUAAGGAUAUCAUCUUUUUUGAGAAGUCCAACCCUAAAUCCUUACUUUGUGCUGGCCUUUUGUAGAAAAUAUCAAAGUGAAAGCCACAUGGAAACAUCUUCAAUUUCGCCAUUUAGCACUUUGCCAUGCCCAGAUUAGAUUUAAUCAAAGAAAUACUUCACUUGAUCCCACCCUUUUUAACCUGUAAAAACUGCGAUGAACAGGGAUGUCUUGAUUUAUCAAUGCAGAGUUUAAGUUAAAUUUGCAGGGAUUCUGUCUCUUAUAUUCGGUGUGUCAUCUGGGUAAUAACAAAAGAUGUUUUGUAAUGCCGAAAGUCAUCUUAAGCUAUUGAUAUGUCACUGUAAUGUUAGCUAGCUGUUUCUAGUUUCUAAACAUGAGUCCCCUGAGGUUUUCACAUUCAUCAUCACUCUCACUUUAUUGCAAUUUUUCUGUCUGAUGCAAAUGAAAGCAGGUGUCAGCAUGUGAAGGAUCAGGGUUUGCAGGGUCUUAAAUGCAAAAGGCAACUAUUAAAAAAAAAGUAAGCUAAGAUUAGUGGUAACAGGAAAAGACAUCAGGGGUUUAAUAACCAUGUUAUUACUCUUAACAGAAAUGAAUGUAACUGGGUUGCUCAGGGUUGAUUGGAGCAUGUUCAAAACUACUGGAUCAUCAGAUCUCUGGGACUCAUAUGUGCAAGUGAUUCAUUAAUAAUUCAGUUUGAUUAAUCUGGGACUUUUCUGCGCUCUGUGCACCUCUAUUCUGCUGGUUGACUUGAAACACCCGCUCAGCAGAACAGAGUAGAUCCAGUUCUGUUCAAAGAGUACAAUUAACACAGUACAGUUUAAGUUUAGCCAUUAAUAAAAAGACCUCUCAGUAGGUCUGCCUACCUGAGCUUCUAAUGAGCUUCAUCUGUAACAGUCACCUUUUCAACCUGGCAAUAAAUCCUACUUCUAAUGGAAGAGACACUGCAGAUUUCUCUGAUCACUCCUCUUCCUCUGCACAACCAGACAUAACAUGUGGACCAAAUGACAGACAAAGUUACUGUUCAUACUAAAAACUUUACAUAAUACCGCUCAGAAAGUGGCACUACUUAUAAUUCUGGUUUUACAAAAACACUCAAAUGCUCUUGUUUUUUUAGUUUCAGUUUAUUUUGGAGUUGGACAUAAAUUUGGCCCAAUCCUGCAAACAUGGAUAAAUCUGUAUCAUCUUGACUCUUGUGCAUUUUCAUUGUCACAAUGCAAGAUACUGUGGCUGUACAAAUGAGUAAAGAAAAAAAAUAUAUCUAUAUAUAAUAAAAUAUAAACUAUUAUGUAUUUCAGGGAAUGCAAAAAAAGAAAACAGUAACUUUUCUCUGUUCUGUAAGAGAGAGCUUCUGUAUUCAAAUGUGCUUUGCUUCAAUCUGUAAAUAGUUGAAUGGCUUAUAAAUCUUAAUUGUAACCUUUUCAGGUAUUUUUGUACAAAUAAGGGACUGAUAUAUUCUGUUUAUUGUAAUUAGAAUAAAACAUUAAUACAUUGAUAUAAAAACAAAGGCUGUGUCUGUCUUUGGGUAAAACUGCCUGUAGAAACAAUUGCUUCUUAAUACUAUUGUAAAAGAGUUGUUUAAAAGUGCGUUUAAAUAAACCUUAAUGAAUGUCCAUAGGUCAUUAUAACUGAUGUAUUUCAGAUUUAGGGGUGUGCAGAAACUGAAAAUGUUGCAAAUUGCAUGCAAGUAGAUAGAUGUACACUUUGAAAUAGCAAGUCUUCAUUUGUCCACUAGGUGGCACAAUCUUACAAGUUCAAAGGCAUAAAAUACAGAUUUGGUAAAUAUACAUGGUAAACAGUUUGGCGACUACAGAUGAAGAGGAAAAAUAACUUGUGCAGAUAAUAUUUUAUGCAACACAUGAAAUGAAGACAAUGUUGAGGAGUCACAGAGCUGAAAGGCUGCACUGAUCCUGAGGAGGCGUGACCCCUAUGACACCAUGUCACUCCUUUUGGAUUACCAGUCAUGCAAACACAGUGAUGUUACAAGACUUGAGGUUUUGUAACAGCUGAAGAAAGAUUAACAUGUCUGGACUUUUGCAAUUGCUUUUAAUGCAAGAAAAAACUAAAGGUGCUCUUUUAUGGUAUAUUAAGUUACAUAUCAGAUGGGAAAAAAUUAAUAUAAGGAUGUCAGAUCAUCAGGCAAGUUAGCUGAAAUGAAAAAGUGUGAUUGAAUUUUUUGAUAACAUUGAAAGAAUAAAAGAUCUCUGAUGAUCUGAGUUCAGAUAUUAACAAUCUCACAGGAAGCACAAACUGGAAAUUUGUGCCACCAUAGUUAAGACGAGGGAACAUGCUGUACAAGGAGCUAUUUAUGAGAAGAGAAAGUGGUCUAAUGAGUGACUUGUUAAAUUACAUCAACUGUUGAAGGAUUUUCACAAAGUUCUCAUCACUUCUAUUUUUCACCACACCAUUAACAGGAAGCAAUCAAUAUUUAUUUAUUGAUUAUAUUGGAAAAGGAAUCCUGAAUUUGAUGAAUUAUUGUAACUUUUAGUUUUGAGAAGCUUAUUAGGGGAUCCAACAAAGCUCAAAGGCUCUUUUAACCACCACUACACUACAAUGGAAGAAGGUAGCCUAUGGGAACAUGGCAGUGUUGAAUUGGCCCCCAGAUACCCAAAUUGAUUAUUCAUGGGAUGUGCUGAACAAUCAAGAGUCACCGAGUCCCCAACAGGCAACUUCCCAGACUUAUAAGAAUCUGCUACUAAUAUCUCAGUGCCAGACACCAUGUCACACUUCCAAGUGAGUGCAUGUCUCUUAAGGACAAGGCUGUUUGGCCCAGACCUGACAUGGGAACAUUGUGAUCUCAGUGAUUGGCAGGUGAUCAUAAUGUUGUGGCAGAUCAAUCUUUAACAGCCUUCCACUCCUAGCAGACUAUCCCAGUGAUAAAAUUUUGCAUUUUUAUCCUUUUUUCAAAGUUUAGACCAGACUUCAAGAGGAAUGGUUAAAAAGAAAGCAGGAGACGCCAGAAUAUUAAAGUUAAAGCUCCUGCGGGGAGUGACCAUGAUAAAGUUAGCUCAUGUGCUGGUGAGCUCCUUCUUUUGCAUGCUAGUAUACUGAGGUUCAUACUUCACUCAGGCACCUCUGUGCUGUAUGUACAGCCUCUAAAACCACAUAUAAAGGUGGUUUGGCAAAGUGAUAGUAUCAUUCAAGACUCUUGCACUUUGCCAAACUUCAUACAGCUAGUAUCUAACCUGACCUUGUGACUCAUCUCUAGAUUACUGCAAUGAACCAAGGGAAUAAAAUACUUUUUUCUGUUAAAACACAACCUCUGUGUUAUAUUUUGGUUAAAGUGUGAUCUCAAGUGACCAAACUGUUGGAAACCACUGUGUCAGCAGCCCAUACAUACAGUCCCAGCUCCAGCUGAGUGUAAUCAUUUCCCUCUUUAGGUGGCAGGGGUAUACCUUUAAAAUAUUGUUGUUCCUCUAAUAACCAGUAUGUGCAGGGGAUAAACAGAAACAUGCAAAUGUUGUAUAACCUUAAUUCUGGUCUGGUUCAUCAGAGACACACGUUUCAUAUAGUAGCUCACAGCAACAGAAUUUUAGCAGAAUUUUAGCAGGCUGAGUUUUUUUGCUGUUGUGUAUCCCUUUUGCUGAACUCUAACAACUGUACGUGCAAAGAACAAACAUAAAACUGCUUGGUAAAUGUUAAAUUGACCUUCUGUCUGUGGUUUAAGAAUCAAAGUAUGAGUAAUCAAAGCAUUAAGUAUCAAAAUUUCCCCAGACCGCAGAAGAAUUCUGUCAGAAUCACAUCUGAAGUGAACCAGCUCAAAGUUCAGUUCACACAGUUAAAAAUGAUAUACAUUGAGUUCUUUGUUUAUUUUAUUUAUUUGUUUUUUGUUUGCUUGUUUUUUUAUGAAAAAAAUAUGUACUACAUUCAAACCCUAAAAAUGAACUAGUUCAUAUGCACUUUGUUUCUGCUGAACCUAAAUUAUCCAUCAACAGAGCCUCCUAUGCUUAGAUUUUUAGUCCUCAAUCACUGACAUUUCCCAAAUAAACACAUAAUCAAAUUCUAACAAUACAAAAUCAUGGGUUGAUAUUUAGGCCUUGCUGAAAAACAACACUUAAAUAGAGAAUUUAAUUUUAGCCAUUUUGCCAAUAACACAUUCAAAAUACAUCAGUUUGGGAAACUUGAAAUCAAAAAGCAUUUGUUGGAAGAAAAUUCAACUCAAGAUUACGACUUUUACACCAAACACAUUAGAAAAACCUGCCCUGUAGCUGACGAUGUGGAAGUGAUGGUUUUUCUGCGAGCAGACACAACCUCAUCAAG